CAGUAUAUAUACAUGUAUAUGUGUGAAUUUUGGUUUUCAUUCAAUAGACAGAAAUCAUAUCACUGAAUAACAUCACCUUUUACCACAUUUUUCUCUGUCUGCUCUCAAGAAAACCACCAAGCCAUCUGUGUGUGCAUGUGUGUAUUUUUCCAGUGUGUGGGAUUUUUCUUUUUUUUUUUUCUUCAGACAAGGAGAUAUUUUGCGAAACAUGAAUCGUAAACCACUGCAUUCUGCAAUGCCAUCAUAUCAAUGGGGAAACAGGUAAGAGAAAAGCUGAUUAAGGCCCCUUUACAUUCUACGUGUAUCUCUAUUUUCAACAAUUAUUUUCCAGGCUGUGACAAAAGGAACAGAGCACAUUAUUUAAAGGGAAAAAAAAAUCACAGAAACAGUGUAGUCUCCCAGAUUUAACCCUUCGUGUGCCGAGGAUUAAAAAUAAAAAAUUCUGUUGCACUGCUGGCAUGUCCGUUAACGUCAUUUCUGUGUCAGCUGUCUUUUUAUCUAUAUACCGAUACUAUAAUUGCAUGAUUUUUACAUGGGUUCCUGUCUGUAUUCAUGAUGUGAGAUGCAUUCUGUUUGUCCUUUUCUCUUUUUUCCGGUCAUGCUGCUGUAGCAGAGUCUGAUAUCUCCAGGACCUCAGAAAUUGCCCCCCUAAGAUGCUGAGACUGGACCCCCUGUUCAUUCUGCUGAUUUCCAUGUCUUAUUUCAAUCCCGAAAAGGCCUUAGCAGCCCCAACAGAAAAUGGUAAGCUACCCCUCUUCUCAUUUCUUCUAUUUAACUCUAAUGCAUUCUGUUUUAUAUGCAUUACAUACAGUGUAUUCUUGUUUUAGCUCGCUGUAUAAUGACCACAAAAAGCACAAACAGCAACCCUUUUUUCCCUCAAUUCCGACACUAUUUGCAUUUUUAUUUAUCUUUAGAAAUAAUGCCUCAGUUAUCCCAAAUCACUCAGCCUCCUAUGCCCUGUCUGUUUAUUUUUCCAUUUUAACCGAUUAAAUCCUUUGUUCUGAUUAAAUCACACAAUAAAAUCAGCUUGUUAUGUUGCUUAUUUAUAUUUAUUAAUUUGUUUGAGAGAAAAAACUACUUACUGGGCUUGGUGAGAACCAAUCCGAUUUUUUUUGGCAUGUUACAAUUGUACGUCUAAAAUUUGGAUUAUAUUCUACCCUUGAAGAAAUAGCCAUUGAAUAUGGUAAUAUGCUAUUUUUUUGGCAGUAAAUGAUUACAAAGUGGCUGCAAAAUUAACAUUUACAAUAAUUAUCAUACACACUAUGGCUAUUUUACUUCCAGGCUUUAAUAGUCAAUGCAGUACAGUCUGGGAAACUAUUAAUGAUGAAUUUCAUGGCCAGACAAUUUAGAUGUACCAGGAUAUGGUGUUCCCUCUGCAUGAGGGCAGUGAUAUCAGUAAACCUUGUUUGUUGCAACAUAAACUAUCCCAACAUUGUAUUUCUCUCCAGUAAAUCCCAAAGGAUAUACCAAAUGUUUUCCUCAAAGCCUCCCACAGGUAAUGGCAAGGUGUGAUUACACCACAGAGCAGGAGUUAACAUUAUGGCAUUGUUGAGUUGCAACAAAAAAACUUGACAUUUGGGCUAUGGUUUAACUUCAAUUCCCAUCAUCCAUGGUGGAAUUUGAUUGCCAAAUGCUGCCUCUCCCUAUUGUGAAACUCUGAAAAACAUGAGAUAUACACAUGGGGUAUGCUUAAAAAUGUGAGUUGUCAAGAAUUAGAAAUGUAUUUGAAAUUUUAAGCCAUACUUAUCCAACUGAAAACCUGAGUAAUUGAGAAUUUUUAUGGAUUUGGCUAUUUUGUCCUAGACUAAACUUUGAAAUUCAUUUUGAAUUUGCAACAAUAUCUGACAAUUCUGACAAUAUCACAAUACAAAGACAUUGUUGGUCUUCAAUCUAGUUUUAUCUAGUUAUUCUGUGUAAGAAAAAUUAAGAUACAUGCAAAAUUAGUGAUAUGCAGUGUACAAAUUCUAAUAGAUAAAUAAGUAGUGUAUAUUUUUCAUUGUGUCUACAUAAUGUCCUGUGGACAACUAUGUGACGGGUUUUGUAUUCAAAUGCAUAACAGUCAAUGAAAUUCUGGUCCCUGCUCAUUUAAAUGAACACCAUGGCAUUAGGAAUGCAAACUGUAUUCUUAACCUUAUAGUGUCUGUCCUUGUCUAGAGUAGUCCCCACCCCUCCCUCGUGUCAUAAAAUGAAUUUUUAAAAAAGCUUUUUACUCAACUUUUUCCUGCACUGAGAUUCCUUUGGUGCUGCUCACCUCUCUGCCUUCCCUGGUGUCAUUGUGGAGGCAUGGCCUCCUCCAGCAAUGGUCCAAUCCAAUUGUAUACAAUGCUUUCCUAUAUGGUUCCGCGCAGAGCCGCGAUCAGAACAUGAUACUCAUGACGGUUGUCAUGGGCCCGGUGAACCUCAGGGAGACUCGGGCCUGGGAGAUAUGGCUGUACAGGGCCUGGGUACCACAGUCACAAUGUGCGGCCCAUUGCUGCCUGUAUAGUGCAAAGGGGGGUUUAGCGAGUGCCAUUUUCACUUUCCAUCUGCUCCACUCUCCAAUUCACGAGAGAGUUGCAGUGAGGGCAGCUGGAAAAUGAAGAUGGUGCUGGCUGGGCCCCCUCUGCAGUAUACAGCACCUGACAGCAAGCAAAAGAGAAUGUAAUCUCCCCCCUCUCUGGCCACAGGUAAGAUGCAGGGAGGGGGGGAAUAAAAUUACAUUUAUUAUUGUUCCCAUAGAAUGCAGCCCCUAUUUUACACAACAUAUUUACACACACUACAAACACUACACAUUCCAAACACACACUGUAUUCACUGCAUAGGCACACACUGCAUCCACUACACAAACACACACUCUGUAUUUACUAUACAAACUGCAUCCACUACACACUACAUUCACUACACACACUGUAUCCAUUACACAAACAUACAAUCUGCAUUCACUAUAAAAACAUACACUCUGGAUCCAUUACACAAACUGCAUCCACAACACCUACUUUACACACACACUGAAUCCACUAUACACACCCUACUCAUCCACUAUACACACUCUUUGCAUCCACUAUAAACAUAUUGCAUCCACUACACACACCCCCAAACCGCAUCCACUAAACUCAGGAUGGCUUCUAUGGGUGGACUCAGGGGGGCCCAGGGCAAAAAACCUUGAGCAGUGUAAGGUCACAUGCAGUGCUGUCACGGUCAGCCGUAGAGAAUCAUUUUCCCCUCUAUAAGGAGCAUUAAAUUGGCCUGUCAUCCUCGAGGUACACCUCUAGGAUGACUUAACAAGAGUAGGGAGAUUCUUUGCUGGAGAAAAGGUGAGUUAUUAGUUUAUAUUUAACACGGAGAGGGGGGGCAAAAUAACAAAGGGUUGUAGCAUUAUGAAUACAUAUAUGUAUUCCUAAUGCUACAGUGUUUAUUUAAGUACAUACACAAAUAUGGAUAUUCACUAAAUGCCGAAAUGUAAGGACUAUUAAAGGGUUUCUCCAGCCCUUUUUUUGUGGAGAGAUUAGAAUAAUGCUCUAGUUGCAAUAUUCUUUAUCCCCCACCCCCAAAAAAAUAAAUACUUUAAAAGUGUGUACAAAAAGCUAAACUUGCCUUAAUCCAGAGGCAGUGGAAGUUCCUAAUGUCAUGGGAGCCAUCCAGAGUUCCAAACAAAGGCUUCUCAUAAAGGGUGAAUGGUAGGUAGAGAGGGAAAGGAGAAGGAGGGAGGGAACAAUGCACAUAAUUUGAUAGAGAGGCAUGGAGGGCUACAUUUAGUCUAGGAGGGAGAGGAGGCUCUGUCUGCCUGGGAGACGCAGUUACGUCUGUCAGUAGCGUGCAGUGCGCACUGACAACAGACUUAAAAUAUGCACAGAAUUGACAUUACGGCGCCUGGAACAGUGUUAAAGGAACACUAUAGUCACCUAAAUUACUCUAGCUAAAUAAAGCAGUUUUAGUGUAUAGAUCAUUCCCCUGCAAUUUCACUGCUCAAUUCACUGUCAUUUAGGAGUUAAAUCACUUUGUUUCUGUUUAUGCAGCCCUAGCCACACCUCCCCUGGCUAUGAUUGACAGAGCCUGCAUGACAAAAAAACUGGUUUCACUUCAAACAGAUGUCAUUUACCUUAAAUAAUUGUAUCUCAAUCUCUAAAUUGAAUUUUAAUCACAUUCAGAAGGCUCUUGCAGGGUCUAGCAAGCUAUUAACAUAGCAGGGGAUAAGAAAAUCUUAAUUAAACAGAACUUGCAAUAAAGAAAGCUCUCUUUACAGGAAGUGUUUAUGGAAGGCUGUGCAAGUCACAUGCAGGGAGGUGUGAUUAGGGUUCAUAAACAAAGGGAUUUAACUCCUAAAUGGCAGAGGAUUGCGCAGUGAGGCUGCAGGGGCAUGUUCUAUACACCAAACAUGCUUCAUUAAGCUAAAGUUGUUCAGGUGAUUAUAGUGUCCCUUUAAGUCAUUUGUACCGGGGCUACCACUUGCCCUCGGAACACAAUUACCAAUACUUCUAGAGGUGCAGUGUUUCAAGCUGAAACACAGCACAUCCAGGUUCUAACUACCAUGACCACUUCACAAAGCUGAUAUGGCUAUGGUGAUUGGAGUAACCCUUUAAAACCAAAUUUCAAAAUUUAGGGAAAAAUAACCAUACUAACUAUAGCUAAGUUGGAGAUUGUUUCCAAGUUAGCAUUGUUUUCAUAGAUUCUGCGUUAGGUUUUCAAUUCACUACAAUUCAGCAUUUAGUGAGUAAAACCUAAAGAAUAAAGUGUGUUGGAAGAAAGGGGGAACAGACUAAGUAAUCCUUCCCAAUCAUGUUCCAAUAAAAUGCCAAGAGUAACACAUUUCCAAGCUAAUUACCCCUAAAUUCAGCCUUGAAUUCAAGCAUAUCUGACAGUAAGACAGCACAUUAAAUACUAUGGCGUUUUUCGCUAAACACUGAAUUGUAUUAAACUGAAAAUCAGACUGCUAAAUUUUGGGAAAGAGUGCUGAUUUAGAAAAGGUCACCAACUCAGCUAUAGUCACAGGUUGUAUAUUUUAGCCUAAUUUUGCAAUUGUGUUUUUUUCCAUUUUCAGUUGACUAACAAUAGUUUGUUUAUUAAUUAAUAAUUGAUUGUAUAAACCUCUACUGAGAUUUAAAAUGACACUGAUAUUGCAGUACCCGCUAGCAAGUUUAGUCAUGGUGUAGAUACGUAACCUUUUUAACUAACUAUUUAAAGGGUCACUCCUACCACCAUGACAACUUCACUGUUUUGAAAUGGCCAUGGUACCUGGAGUCUGGAGUCUCUAUGUGCAGCACUUCACUGAGAAACGCUGUAUAUGCUGAGGUUAACCCCUCUGCUGCUCACGUUAGGGUGUCAAUAGUUAUCUUGGCACAAUAGUUCAGAACCGACUAAUAAGAAUUCUAUGCAAACUUGGCAUCUCGCACCAGCAUGGACAAAAUUCUGAUACCAGACAGCCAUUAAUGUCACAACCCUCCCCACAUCCACCACGUGAGGGAAUGACCUCAGUUAACGAGGACAGGCCUGCAGGGUGAACUUACCUCAGUGCUGGAAUGGAGGUAAAUUUUAGCUAUGUUCUUUAUUUAUUAGAGGUGGACCAGCAUAGGAAGGGUUACUUUGACAAAAAACACUGUUUUAUGAUUGGUGUAACCAUUCAGCCAAGUUAGCAAGUUAGCAAUUGGUUGUGAGGAUUCUUUAAAAUUCUUUAUAGGUUCUUUUUUAUUUCAAUUGACAUGCUUUGCCAGACACACUGGUCAAAGCAUGAAAAAUUCAUGCAGUGCUGUAUGGUGUAUACACACGUAAGGCAGUGUUGGAUCAAUCACCGGUACAGAAUUUCUUGGUAAAUAACUGAGUACGCAUGAGCACACCAAAGGAAUCAUGGGGUGGCUCCAACAUCUAUUCUAGGACCUAUAAGUGUUGCAGAAGUACGUCCUCUGCUUCAUUCAUCACAGUUAAAGCUCUAGUAGAUCUGGUUGGAAUUCUUGGGACAUGAUAGUUCCUCUUUAGAUGAAAGAAACAAAGUAGAGAAAGUUGUUCUCUUGUACCGGAAUAAUCACAAUCUCAAUGACUGGCUCCACUGUCCAAAAAGAGAAUAUAAGGCUUAUGAUUUAACCGACUGAGUCAAUUUCUUGUCUGGUGUCUAUGAAUGAGGUGAUCAGGAGUUUAAUCAACUAUAAUUUUGACAUUCAUAAAAAUCUCACUCAUUUUUUAAGGAAAGAUAGGGCAUUUUUGCAUCUGUUUUAAUAACCAAUUAUUUAUAAUAAAUUUUAAAAAAUAAAAAAACGAAAAAAUGAAAAAAAAUCCACACUACAGUAUUACAAUUCUGCCUGUUAUAAUCUUUAAACAACUAGAAUAUCUAAUCAGAUCUAUCCCAUAAUAAAUGUAUUCCGUUCUUUUGAUGUUGAAAAUAUGUCAUCAAAGCUAGGAUUUUCAUGUUGAUCUUUGCAGGUCAUAUAAAACUAAGAGCACAAGCUAAAAAAUAAACUUAAUUAAUUAAAAAUGAUCCUAUAAAUUAAUACUGAAAACUGAACCCUAAACUGUCCCAAAAUAUAUUGUUGAAAAGUAAACAAUUCAUGGUAUUCUCCCAGGGCAUUUUGACCAUGUAACCCUUUAAGUUCAUCUAUUUUUAUCGUUGCAGCCGCUAGAAGUAACAUUUCCAUUUUUGGUGGUGGGGGAGGUGGCAGGGAGGUGGGACAGGGUUACAGAUGAUCGAUCUCUGCAUUUAAUGCAGACCAGGAAUGCAGAGUUUGUGGUUUAUAUGGUGGAGCACUUAGUCAUGGGACUUAUCUGGUGAUCACUGCAUUGUGCAAUGCUGACAUGUUUCAGUGCAUGAUGUCCUUAUUGGAUUUGUUUUCAUGAUUUACCUGGCAUGUCAUUGACACUGAAUGAGGUUACAUUUUUCUUGUGUCAGUAGUUUGGGUUUAUAUAAAGCACCAAAAGAAUAACAGGAACUACACUGAUUCAGAUGGGCAAGAAAUGGGUGCUUCAGUGCCAGGGGCGAUUACAAACCUCAUACAGAAUACAAGUAGAAAAAAGAAGGUCCAGGCACCCCACUGCUCAAAAUUGCAUAUUUAUUUCGAACACAGUGUAAACAGCAACGUUUCAACCCUGAAUGGGUCUUUGUCAAGCUUCUUCUUUUUUCAAGUAGUAUGGGGUUAAGCAGUGGAUUUGACAUGGCAAUGUAAUUUUAGUUUUCUUAUGGGGAGGGUCAAAAGCUGUCCUUAGUUAUUUCUAUUAUCUCGCAAGGAAUUACUUUUUCUAUCUUCGUGCUGCUCUUUAUUGUAAGAGAGAAGAGCAACUAAUACAGAGAUCCAGUCUUGUGAUUUUUCAGGCCCCAUUAUUGCCUGAUUAGCAAUUGAUCCCAGGUGAUGACAGUGCCAGCUUAGCCCCAUAUCACGAGCAGUUAGGGUUGCCACAAUCUUCUUCCAUAACACUAGGACAUAGUCAGGCUGUGUCUCUUCCAUGUGUCACAGUUUUGCCUUUUCCAGUUGUGGUCUCUCUCCUUUACCCCAGUCCCAGUUAUUAUUAUUGGCAUUUAUAGAGCGUCAACAUAUUCUGCAGAACUUUACAGUGUUGUUAAGGGGGAAAUCUAACAAUAAAUUAGACAGUUACAAAUUGUUAUAUGAACAAUAGGUUGAUGAUGUCCCUGCUCAAAGAGCAUACAAUCUAGAAUAAUGUCCCUGUCCUCCCUGCAUUUGUUCUCUUCUCCAGACAUCCACACUUGUGUUCUCCCAGCUUUGCUUAGCCAAAAAUGGAUAAAUGUAGCAUGUAGUCAGUAUGUUUGGAUGCUGCUAUAUGUCAGACACUCAGUUUCCAUGUUUCUGUGGAGGGUCAAUGUUGAUCCAAAGGAGGAGGCAGCCUGCACACUUCUCACUGAGAACUGGACCUGAGGCUGGUGACCCCAUAUAUAAGUAGAAAAGACAUAAGUAGCAGAUUUAUUGUAAAAUCAGAACAUGAACAGCAACGUUUGACCUCAAAUUAGAUCUGUUCAUGUUCUGAUUUUACAAUAAAUCUGCUACAUUUUGUACCUUGACAGCCUAGAUCUGAGGAAAGGCAUGCCCAGGUGGCAGAAACAAUUGUCAAAUAGGAUUUCAGUUAGAUUUGCUGAUACUGACCCGCACUUUACUUGUAAGUUAACAAAUGCACCCUGAGGAACUCCAAAACACCCAGAACUGUUAUAUAUAUGUUAUACGGCCACAAUAUUUGUUCUUUCAUUAAAAUCUGUAAUUUUCACAGUUUUCUGAUAGGUAUGGCACCUUUAAAUACAGUGCACAGACCUAAUGGAGCUGAUACUGACUGACCUGGAGCUGAUACUGACUGAGAAGUAUUCGUUUCUCCUCCUGUCCAUCAGACUUUACUUUACCUUAUUGAAACAAACACAUCAGACUGGAGCCUUCAGCAUAUUAGUUCCAUGCAGAGCAUUCAACAUAUUAGGAUGUGCAUCUAUAAUAAAAUACCAUCAAAACUUUGUUUAAAAAAUACUAGUUUGAAAGUGAAGAUAUAUUAUUUGGCAAUAGUGACCUUUCCCUUCCUCCCACCCCCCCAGAAUAAGGGGAUAGAGGGGACAAUUUGAUCCUGCUUUAGGGUACGCAUGGCAACAUGAUCAGGGGAAUCAUGCUGGGGGAUCAGAUCAGGAAAUUCUACGGACUAAGAAGUACUUUUGACUAGAAAAGAUACAUUCACUGUUCCCAGUGCUAUUUACUGUAGUCCCAGUUGUCAGGUCAUGUAUCAAUAUCUUACCGUAUGAAUUAUGUAAAUUCAGGCAUGGAUUAAAAUAUAGCUGACACAGGGCUACAAGAAUAGCAAGUUUGCUAAUUACAAAACUCUGACUUUUAGAUCACUUACAUAACCAAGCCAGAUUGGUGGAUCAAUUGAAGUCAGGCUUGUGGCCUGACUAGAAAAAUCAAACCUUAAAUUGCUAAUUGACAAACAUUUACAAUUUAAUAUAUGCUAAAAGAAAUAAUAAGUCAAUUAAUACGUGUCCAAAUUUAAAAUAGAGUAUGAUUACUUGUUAACCAGUUGUUCCUUACAAAUGAAAGUUAAACACUCAUCACAUGUACAAUGGGGCACAGGUUAUCAUACAGCGUGGGAGUUCCUCCAGCUGGCCUGUCAUUCCUUCCUCCCUUUUGGGGUAUAUACAAUGGGAACUAACAUAGUAUAUUAGUAUAUAAGAUAUACUAAUAUAUGUUAUGGGAUACAAUAAGAGCUUGUACCUUGGGAACAGGAUAAGGAGCUAGAGGGGAAAAGGUCAAAGUCAUGACCUAAGUAUUUACUGAUUGUCCACGGAACUAGAUAGACAAGAUCUUGCCCCCAAAGCAAUCCACCAGCAGCUUGUUCAGGUGGGUGGAAUCCAACUAUCUGUGUGUAAUUUAAUAGCAAUAAAUUGGAAUACAAUAAAAUUAUACCAGUAGAUGAAAUCCACCAAAAGGAACCAGUCAUUUUCAUUUUAAUCAUUUGAAGUUAAGCUACUGGGUGUGGUUGUUAUAGAGAGUCUUGUGUUAGUGCGGAACCACUCUCAAAUCAAAACAUGUUUAAGGAACUACUGCUUGUAAAGUAGAGAUAGUUUCACUUCUAUUAUAAAGGUGUCAUAAAAUGUCGGAGGUAAAUAUUACUCUUUUCACAUGAAUAUCUAUCUAGCAAGGUCAAAACAAAUCCAGGUGAAGGUGAACAUCAUGGUGCUAUCCAGAGCAAAUAAUUGCUUUAAGAGAACUUUAAUGGAAUGCAAGUAAAUUCAACUUCUAUGUUAAUUAUUGGUCUUAUCACAGUUUGCAGUAUUUGUUUAAGUACAUGUUAUUCUGGAGAGUCUGAGAGUGUUUCUAUAUGUGAAUUUGAGUGUUUGAAUAAACAGCUGCUCCCAAUUUUUGAUGGUGAAUAAUCGAAAACAUGAGUUAAUCUGGUAAAUCUACAACGCGUCAAAAAAUUAUGACAAUAUUUCUUUAUAACACUAGAAGACAAAACUAAGCAUAGUUUCUGUAAAUUAAAUAAGUUUGUUUCAGUUUUCAGAUCCUUAAAACGUCAAAAAUUCAUUUUCAGAGUUUCUCAUUAACAAUCAGAAAGUUCAAAUCAAUAAAAUGAAUUAGCAUUCAUGAAUAAUUUUAUUGCCAUGGCAAUGCCGGAGUUGCUCAGAGACAGCUGAAUGUGAUGCUAUGUCUCUUUCUGAAGGUGCACAUUGUCCUAAUAGUUAUGCAAUUUCAAUCCGUAUAAAAACAAUGUAUGACAUGCAUCAGAUUGAGUAGGUGAGAGAAUUUCUGUUAAAAACUCAUAGGUUUAUUUGCUAAAUUAUGAAUUUUUCAGAAUUCAGCAGAGAAUAGCAGAUUUGAGAACAAAGUUGCUGAGCCAGAAGCGUAGCUCAAUGGUAGAAUUGUUAGUUUGGAUAUUAUAGUCUCACACUUGCAAUUCCCUGGUUCAUCCCCCAAAAUAUACAUAUUAGCAAAUAACGCUAUAAGUGUGACACCUACAUGCACAGUGAAUGCAUAUACUUUAACGAAUGUAAUUCUACCAGUGUAGGAAGUCAGGGGAUGAAGGCACAGAUAUGAGAGAGGUAAAAUACCAUCUGUCAGAUCUGGAUUAAGAACCUACAGGUACUAGGCUAGUUACAAGUUUAGGGCCCUCCUUCACUCUUAGUUUACACUCAGUUCACUCGUGCCUUAUACAAACAGUGACCCAUACACACACACUCUUUCACAAUACAAAUACUGUUGAAUAUACACAGACACUGAUCCAUACACACGCACUCACACGCACUCACAUUAACCCAUAUACGCACUCACUGACACAGACAGUGCUCCAUAUACACACACACACAAACACUGACCCAUUCACACACACUCAUUGUACAAACAGUGACCCAUACACACACACUCACAGUACAGACACUGACACAUACACACUCACAGUGCAGACACAGAUCCAUACACAUGCACACACAGUACAGACACUGACCCAUACACACACACAAACAUUGAUCCAUACACUCACAGAUACAGUUCCAUUCACACACAUGGACACACAAACACUGACCAAUACACACACUAACAGUGCAGACUCUGACCCAUACACACAGAUCCACAGAGACUGGUUGUUAGGUUACUGCUAAGCCUAGCAGGACUGGUACAACGAGCACGUGUACUACUAUACCCCCAAGAAGCAACUAAGGUAUCAGCAGAGUCUUGUUUGUUGGUGUCAACAGAGACAACCUUUACUGAAGAAAUAGAGCAGAGUACCAAAGUAAUGCCCCCAAUACAUUGUCUUAGCAAUGGUGGUAAUGAAUCUGGUUGUGGUGAUAUAGCAAUUUCCCUUCUGCCACAGGCAUGUUUUCCCUCACAUGCAGUCUGUAUCGUGAGUGAUCAUCCGUCAGUGUAGUAAAAACAGUGCCCUGUCAGCGUCUACAAACGGCAGUUGCAGCGGUACAAGUUUCAACCAGGUAGGGCAAAACCCCUACAAUGCAAGGCAUUUGAAAAAUGAAGGGAGCAAUUUAAUUUGAAAGAAUGGGAUGUUUCAAAAAAACUAAAGGAAUAAAUGAGUGCGAAGGGAAGAAAAACUCCCUGGCUGUCACUAAGGAGCUUCUAGCCCAAUCAUAAAAGUGGUAAUUUCUAUUGAAAUAUAAAUUGAAUGACUCCAGACAUAUGAAGCACUUCAGCAAGCUUUUCAGCAUGCAAACAUGUGUUUUAAAUGUUGAACAAUGGACAUUAGUCUUUAUUCAACCUGGAUUACUCUGUACAUAUUAUUCUAUGCAUGUAGUGUAUUCCUUUAAAUACUUGCAUUUUACAUAAUUUGUAAAAUUGUCUUUACAUUUCAUUUUCUAAAUCAAUUGUCAAGUUUUGAUGCCAUUUAUCAAUAAAUAAACUUUGCAUGCAUUGCAAAUCCCCAUUAUAUGCAGCUGGUUCCAAAUAUCUGUUUGACCGUGUCCCGACUAGGCCUGUAAAGUGGCAGAUAUGAAGGGUGGCAGGAUACUGGUGUAUGUACAGCCAGGGCAAAUCACACCAUCUACCUGCCACAUAAUUUAAUGAUGAAGUGGGGUUAAAAUCAUAUCUUCUUGUGUCAUAACAUAUGCAAGUAUUUUAGGUUUGUGUGGUUAUUGGAGUAAUCUUUUACUUUCCUAAUUGGAAAAUUUCCAAAUUUGUUGUGCUGGCACAAUGUAUGCUUCUUUCAUUUAUAUAAUCAAAUGAUCCUUUAUUACAAAAUGAGGCAUACAAAAUGGUGGUAGCUAUGGGUUGUGUGUGUUUUUUUUUUUUUUUUUUUUUUUUUUUUCUACAGCUCAAUGAUGUCAUGUGACUUGAGAUGCUUUGUUUUAGGAUGUUUAAUCAGGUUAAUGGAUUUUCCAUUUAUGUAUACCCAAAUUAAACAGUGAAUAAAUCACCUGGUUAUUGUAGGUCAUUUAAAGUUCUAAUUUAAAUCUUCCAGUGAAUUCAAGCUGCCUUUGUGUAAACCAUUUCUAUGUUAUUACUGUGGUAUACUACUACUUUAACCCCUUAAGGACCAAGCUUCUGGAAUAAAAGGGGAUCAUGACAUGUCACAUAUGUCAUGUGUCCUUAAGGGGUUAAAUUGCCCAAUUAUCUGAAAUGCAUCAGGGUAACAUUUUUUACCAGAUUAUCUUUAGUGUGGAUGGUUUGUGUAGAUAAUGUUUGGACUUUGUGAUGCAAUCCUACUAAUGGUAGUGUGGUACAUUGUGUAAUAAAGAAUUCUAGCUCUGCUGUGUGUGUGGGAGUGGCUGCCAUUAAAUACCAUACUUUCUUGGCGGAUCCAGGGUCCCCCAUAGGCAGCUAAAGUAUUGUUCGUAUUUCUGAUGCAUAACUGUCCAGGAAUCCUUUUUAAGAGAGUGAGAGGUAAAACAUUUAGAAAAAGAUUGAUAGAUUGACUCUUGCACGGAAAGUAUUCCGAAUAAGGGUUGGUCAGUGUGGGCGGUACCAAUUCCACCCAGAGCAUAACCCUUAAAAUUAUAUAUGAAUCAAAAGUAAGGGAAAUCCCUAUUGAGAGAUCCCUAAAUAGAUAAAAUUUAGCAACAGAUUAUCCACUUGGCUGUCUAGUCAGUGACUUGUUAGUUAGGCUUUAGUUCUUUAGUUCUCCUUGCCAAAAUUGAACACUUGAACAGCAGCUUUAUCUAAAUUUAAUGGGUGUGCCAUUGAUAAGCAUCUCAGAACUUGUCUUUUCCCUUGGUUAGAAGUCCUAUCUCUCAGUAUUGCUCCAAUAAAUAAAGUAUCAACUUUUUUUACUUUUUCACACUCCCAUCCCCAUGAUUUACAGCAUUGUGAAAAGUAAUUACAUUUAUUGCAAGUGUAUUAAACACACCCAAACACUGGGCACCUUUGAGGUGGGUCUGCCCCGCCACCCUUAGGGCACACAUUCCGUUGUUUCUCUGCCCUUGUAGCUUAGGAAGGUUUGUUCUGGCUGCCUCCAUACAAUGUCUUUACUCAGGAAAGUGACUUUGCCAGCACUUCUGACACCAUGUAUUAUUUUCUGAAUGCAGAUUUAAAGGGACACUUCAUCUAAAUGAAGUUGUUAUGGUGCCAGGAGGUGCCAAGAGGUAUGCACUCUUAACGAGAACGGUUUAACUCCUAAGUUUCCUCCAGUGGUGAUCUCCACUCCUUCCCUGGUGGUAUCCGGCUUCUAAAUGUUCACUCAGCGAUGCUGAGCGGGGGCAUCGCUGAUUAGCUGAGAACGUGCCUUUUUCAUGCCAGUUUAUUGAAUGGGGAGUUACUGAUUGUCUGAAAGCAUCUGCUCUUCCCGGCAGCACUAUGCACUUUAUGCAUGUGGAAAUUCAGUAGCUGGAUGCUGCCUGAGGAGAAGGGGAGAUCGCCGCUUGAGGCAACCAAGGGGGUAAACAAUUCUUGAUAAUGUGGACAUUUUAGCCCUGUUUUACCUCAAAAUAGCCAAACUGGAAACAGUUGAUUUGGAAAUUAGUAAUAUUUUAGGUAAAAGGACACUCCUUUACCUAAUUGAGCACUCUUACCUCAAUUUUAAAACUAUUCUCAGAUAGUUUUACCCCAAAGUUUUAGAUUCAGGAAGUGCAGAGUGCCGCUGGGCAGGGGCACCGCUGAUUGGCUGAGAGCGGUGAGCCAUGUUUCUUUCCAAGCAAGUUUUGUGAAUGGGGAGUCAACCAGCCAAUCAGUGGCGCCCCUGCCCAGCAGCACUCAAUGCUUCCUGAAUCUGAAAAUUCAGAAGCCAUUGGGGUAGGGGCAACGUUGGGGUUAAAUUGUUGGAAAACAGUUAAGGUUGAGAUAAAAGUGCCUCCAGGGGUCUCCUGGCACCAUAACAACUUCAUUUAGAUUAAGUUGUUUUGGUGCCUGGAGUGUCCCUUUAAGGUGGAGAGCAGGAGAAAGCACUAUAGGACAGUAGGUUAACAGAGCAGUUCUUUAUUCAGCUUCCAUGAUAUCACUUCACAGUGCUGGCCAAUUUUUAUUCCUAAAUUGGUCAGAUUUCUAUUUAAAAUGUAUUAAUUUUACUUUAUUUUGCAUACUUGGUUUUCUCCGCAGGUAUGUUUGACCACAACACAAUUGACCCACUAGAGCCAUUUUGAUGGCUUUUAUUACCUGGUACUCGAUGAGUCAUAUCAAAAUAUAUUUAUUAUUACGGGUUUAGAUCAAAGACCAUGUGAUGCUACUGAGCGGAAUUUUAGUUCUUUGAACUAAUAAUUUGAACUAGACUUUUUAUUUUUUUCAGUGCAGACAAAAUAUUGCAUUUGUCCUCAGAGUAAGCAAGGAGUAAUUUCUCUUAAUUAGCAAUUUACGCUUAUUUUUUUGUAUUAUCCAGUAGCAGUUUAAGACCUUGCUUGUAUGUACAGAUCUCUUCUGUACCUAUCUUCAUGCUACUGCCUACUCUCUAUGUUAUCUAAUCUCUUGAUGUAGUUCUUUAUCUUUUUUAUUUUUUUUAUUUUUAUUUAUAGAAUUCUCUUUAGAACUUUAUAUAAUUCUCCAUCACAGUACUUAAUUGUAUCUAUCUCUAUACCAUUUACAAUUAUAUUGUUUGAUAUGUUUUUCUCUCUAUGUUGUCCUCUAUCACGGUAUUUUUCUCUACCACCAAAGGAUGUUUUCUUCAUCAAUUGUUUCCUUUUCAUGUUCUCUGUGGUCUUCUCCAUCACAUCGAUUCAUUGCAUUUAUGUUGUGGAGUUCCCCAUCACAUUGUUUUGUUGCAUUGUUUUCUAUAAUCUUCUACCAUACAUUAUUUUAUUGUUACUCACCUUUGUCUCUUUGAUUGCAACUUCUGCUUUUGUUUUAUGGUGCAAGUGUCUGUUAGUUCCCCCAUCACAUUACUUUCUAGUACAGUUCUCUGUACGUGUCUCCAUAAUAUUGUUUUAUUGUCAUAUUCUCUAUAUUGUUCUCUAUCAUUAUUUUAUAGUACCACCCAAAGUAAUUUUUCUAUUACACUGUAUUUUAUUUUCCAGUUCUCUGUGGAUUUGUCUAUCACAUUGAUUUAUUGUGGUGUUCUGUGUAGUGUUCUCCAUCACAAUGAUUUAUUGAAAAUAUUUCUGUAGACCUCUACAAAUACAUUGUGUUGUUAAUUUAUCUGUAGUUUUCUCUAUAGAAACACCUUAUUGUAGUUUUCUCUAUAGUAUUUUAGUGAAUUAUUUUACCCUUUCUGUACAGGAUUCCCUACUAUAUUGUUUAAGUUCCCUUACUGAGAUAGGUCAUUAGUUAAGAAAAACAGCUACGGUAUCCCAGAGUCACGUUUUUUUUCUGACAAGAUCAACUUAUUUAGGUUGAUACAAUGAGCACCGUAAAGUUGUAUCUAUCUAUCUAUCUAUCUAUCUAUCAUGCACUUUGCUGACCAGAUGCUGCAGUCCAUGAACUAUUUAUAGACAUUUUUUACUGUGUCAGUCAUUACUGUAUUCCUGUACACAAUAAUGCUGAUUGUCCAUGCCAAUAACUUAAAACUGGUGGAAUUAAUAGGUUGUAGCAUAAAUGUUUGGAAAUACCUCUAGAUAUAUUCCUUAGAAAUAAUGGAAUGUGUCUAAAACAUGCUUCAUUUUCCUCUUUUAGUGAAAUACUAUAGAGAUUUUUUACAUAGUUAUGUCCUGUAACAUAAAUAAAACUAGAAAUCCCAUAAUUUUAUUUUCGAGCAAAUUCCACAUUUGUAUUUUUUUUGUACGAUGAAUAGAAAAAAAAUUUUUUUAUCCAGUAGAACUUUGUACCCAUCUAAAACAUUAGGAUUGUUGCUCAAUAAUUUAACAUUUUUAAACUCCUAAUUGUAGAUUCUUCAAGUAUUGCUGGUUCUGGUGAUACAAACAUGCAUUGUCUAGAAGAAAAAAGGUAGAUAGUUCAUUAUCACAAAGAAGUAAAAAAGUCAAAUGGCUUCCUAUUGACUUCCUAUUUCAGUGCUGCACUGUGUGGAGACACUGACUGCUCCCCAUAGGGAUACAUUGAGUCAAUGCAUCUCUAAGAGGAGAAGUUGAUUGGCGCAGUGCAGUGUUUUUCCACGCAUGCAAAAUAUUCUCCCAAUACUUUCCUACGGGAAAGCAUUGGAUUGGUUCAACCAAUCCAAUGAUCUCAGCCAUGGAGGCGGAGCCAGCCGCUGCGGAACCAGAGCAGAAAUAAAAAAAAGUUAGUUAAUACCUUUCUUAAUAGUAGUCCGGUCAUCUAAACAUAUACUCCAACACUAUAGUGUUGCUUUAAGACUUGGGGUUUUAGAAUAAUUUUCUCCAAAUGGGAUGCUUGGAAUCAGAUAUUAGAAUCAAUGGGAUGGCAAACCUCUGUGUUCUGCUGGGUCAUUCUUUAUAAACAUAUACAGAAUUUUGUUGCCAGAAUUCUGUUCACCAUGUCAAACAUUUGUUAAGCAUUUCGUGCCCAAAUAGAGACUCCUGAGUAGAUAGUAUUGAAGUUGAAUAUGAUGGCAUUGAAGUUGAAUAAUCAAACGUAUUAUUAUUAUUACCAUUUAUAUAGCGCCAAUAUACUUUGCAGUGCUUUACAAUUAUAAAAUGGGGAUAUUGGACAACAAGUAGUACUGCGUAUAUAGAGACAAGAGGUGAAGAAGACCCUGCUCAAAUAAGCUUGCAAUAUAUAACUUGGAAAGUUAUGCUCAAAAACUUUGAACUCUAUUUAGCUCUAUUUAUGAUCAGACAGACUAUGAUUAAAUGGAGCAAAUAUCCUGCAAUGUUAACCCUCAUAUUAAUGGCUGUCCAAUUUUCAGGUAUUAUUGAUACAGAAUAAAAAAAAUAAUAUAAAUAUUGCACAUAUAUCAAUAUUGAGAAGCCUAAGAAAUCCACAAAAAUACUGGUAUAGCAAACAUUCCUACAUACCUUGUAGUUAGGGGGGGAGAAGAAAGGGGAACAGGCGGUAGGAUCUAUGUCGGAGGGUUGGGAGGUGACUGAUAUGACAUAGAGAAGAAGGUUAUCUAAGGGUGGUUUGAACAAGGGUUUAGGGUAGUCAAGAAGGAGUGGUCAUGAACAGAUUCAAUUUUUGUGAAAUGCAAUAUAGAAACACAACUAAUUUUCAAUUCUUUUCAAUAUCAUAAUAAGAAUAAUAUGUAUUGCGAUUUGCAGUUCUUACAAUAUUCAGCAUUUUGCAUUCCAUGUUGCUAUUAAUAGUGCAGAACAUGUUUUUAAAAUCUGAAACUUCAGUGACAAGUCGUAUUUUCUGGCUACAUGAAGUAGAAAGAAUUGUUUAAAUAUCCAGAUUCCUAUGUUCAGUAACGGACCUUCACUGCAUGACUUUACUGUGUCCUUAUAGCCAUAUAUAUAUAUAUAGAAGGUAAACUUUCAAUAAUCUGUGUAACAUAUUAAGCUAGAAAACAUGAUGUAUUAGUAAUUAUGUUGUUAAUUCGAUACACUUGGACUAUCCUAAUGCUUUGAGUAUUAAUAUUUGCAGUGCUAUGUAUGUACAAAUAGGUAGUGCUUUCUAUUAAAUGUAAAAGAAUGAAAAAUACAUGCAUUGAAUUAAUUGUAUUACAGUAUCUCCUCUGUGCAAACUAGGUUACAGAAUGAUUUUCUGGCUAAAAGGCUACAGAUAAACAUGCUAUGAUUAAACAUAUGAAAGCUAUUUUAAGAGUCUUAUGUGCGAAUGUUUCCUGUGCACCUCUUGCUAUUUUACAGUAUUACACUAUAUAUAUAUAUAUUUAUAGAAUAUUAAAAUAAUGUAAUCUGAUAACAUGGAAAACACGAAAAACUGUUCUGACAUUUUUUUCAAAAUCUCUCCUUAGAUGGCUCUUCUCAAGGACGGGCCCCUCUUGCCCCUCCAUAUGCAGUGGUCCUAAUUUCUUGUUCAGGAUUGUUAGCCUUCAUUUUCCUGCUUCUGACUUGUCUCUGCUGCAAAAGAGGAGAUGUUGGAUUCAAGGUGAGAAUCAUAACCAGUGUUGACAAAUAAAAUUCAAAAUAGCUUGGAAGUACUUUGUGAUGUUCUUCUAUAAUAUAAUGCAGAGCUAUUUACGGACACAACACUUUACUCUAACAUAGCCUCUCAAUGUGUAUUGUGUUGGCUUAAAUCAUUAAACAAUGGAUAUUGUAUUGUUAUAUUUUCUGUUUGCCAGGAGUUUGAGAAUCCAGAUGGGGAAGAAUUUUCUGGGGAAUAUACCCCACCAGCUGAGGAAACCUCCUCUUCCCAGUCCAUUCCUGAUGUAUACAUUCUGCCUCUUUCCGAGGUGUCUUUGCCUGUUCCCAACACACAAGCUCCAAAAGCAGGUAGCUUUCAGCUUUCACUAAAGGGUAUAUUAUUUACUAAAGUAAAAUGCAAAAUGAAUUCAAAAAUAUUUUCAAAUUUAAAGUCCAGAAGCUUUCAGUUCAGCCUCUGUGGCCUUAAAUGAAUUCCCACUUUAGUCACGUUUUGAUGUUUCUUAAAAUGUGGUCAUCUUACAGAAAUAAUGUAAAAUAUUGUGUUUAAUCAUUAUUUACUAGACAAACAAUUACUGCAUACAGAAAGAAAUGCCUGUAUUCCUAAAUUGUCUAUAAAUACGACAGUAGCACAAUUAAAUAGUUGAUAUGCUUUUAAGCUGCAUGUACUAAUAAAUACAAAGCAAUCAUGACUGAUUCUGCACAUUGCGUUGGCAAAUUUGAUGUAUUUUCACAUUAUGUCAUCGACCAUAUAACAUGUGCCCAACCUGCAGCUGAUAUGGUUUAAUAUAUGACAUUCCUAUAACUGGCAGGAUCAUGCCAUGUGACAUUGGGUAUUGUGGUAGUAUUGCAUUCCCAGCUGUAGCCCACUAUUUGGGCUGUUCUUUGUGAGUCAAGCUUGCCCAAAUGUAACCAAGUAUCUUAGAAAAUGAGCCAAGCAUUAAUUAUCAUGCUGACUUCUACAUAAUAAUUUUAACUUGCAUACUUCAAUGUCCAACGUGGCUUACAAGCUCUUCUCAGCUGGAUGUAGCCAAUGUGUAGACCAUCUAGGAGAUCUCAAGCUGUGUGUAAUGUUAAUUAGACGAACAUUUUUUGAUAAUUGCAAUAAGGAAGGAUAAAAGCCAGGCUUGUUCCUUUAAUGCGAGAAUAUGAAGCCUGUAGUACUCAAGGUAAUGAUAAAUGAAAACUCCUGUUAUGCUUUACCAACAAUGGCUAUUGACUGGCUCUUUAUAUAUAUGUGUGUGUGUGUGUGUGUGUACCUUUUAUCUAUUGUCUGUCCAUUAACAGAAGCUAGCCAUUAACACUGUUCUAUAUUUUCAAUCUAGUAAAACAAACAGGCUUUAGCCGACAGGACCUAAGCUACCUUCAGGAGAUUGGGAAUGGAUGGUUUGGAAAAGUGAGUAUGACUUAUUAGAUAUUCUAUUCUGGAACAUAUUGCUGUGGGAGCAAAUCUGAUUCCAGAGUGUUCUAACAUAUUUCUCAUGCAGCUGCUAGGCAAUACAUGUGGCCAUAAACCAACAUUUAUUGAUGCUGACUGAGCGUCUCCAUGUGGCUGCAACACAAUUUCCAAGAAACACUAUGAAAUAUUACAUGACCGAACUGCUAUAUUUGUAGGUGAUAUCAUCAAGAGGAGUACUGUGACAAGAGGCAUGAUUUCACUAUACAGCUGUACUAGGAUUAUAGGCAGCCAUGCAGGGAAGGACUGGGGCAAAUGAAACUUUUUCCCCAAAAGAUCUUUGGAUGGUCUCACUCAUUAGCGGGCUGCUGGAGUUACAAUGUAUGUCAUUGUAUAUCUUAGGAGCCUCCAUCAGCAUAAUGUGCAUAGCACUACAGAGAAUUCAUAGAGUUCAGCACAUGCCUAAAAGAUGCAGACUCUAUUGCCACCAAGGGCUUAAUCCAGAUACCGCAUUCCCUCAGAAAAUAUCUGUGUAUGCCAGUCUAGGCCCGGAGAACAAUACGUAGGGUGCCACCAGCCUGUGCACAAACACACAAAAUGUCAGCUAUUGAAGGCUCUGCAUCAAUCCUGUCUGCUGCUUUGAUUCUGCAGUACUUUGUCCCAAAAUGGCUGCUGUUUCAUGACAGUGGCCCAGGGACAAUUGCCCAGUGCCUUAAUGCCAAUCCACCAUGUAGUUGGGUCAAUUUGGUUUUUAUCUGAAAUCAACAAUUAUGUUAUGAUUUUGUUUUGCAUUACCCAGUGUCAUUAUAAAUUGAUCUGUAAUAUUCUUCAUGUAAUUGUCAACUAUGUUUAUUUCCUCAUGAAGGUGAUCCUGGGUGAGAUUUUCUCAGAUUAUACCCCAGCUCAGGUGGUAGUUAAGGAGCUACGAGUCAAUGCCAGUCCCCUAGAACAAAGAAAGUUUCUCUCUGAAGCACAGCCGUAUAGGUAAGUAAACCGGUCAUAUAGCAUUCAUUACAAAGCAUUAAUCUUAAAAGGGUUACUCCAAUUAAAAAAUAUAUAUAUAUAUAUAUAUAUAUAUAUAUAUUCUGGCAUAAUUACCCCCUGUUCCCAAAACAAAACAAUAAAGAAAUAGAGAGAAUAUAAUCUUAGAGAAACUAAGAGAAACUAAUCUAAGAUCCAGUGAAUCGGUCAAGUUCUUCUUAACCCUUAAGGACCAAAUUUCUGGAAUAAAAGAGAAUCAUGACAUGUCACACAUGUCAUGUGUCCUUAACCGGUUAAAGUCUGAUUCUCCUUCUGUGAUGUCCCUACCCCUCAUUGUAGGGAAGGGUUCUUCCGAAAUAUGGUCUGAAGAGAGAAUUGGUAGCCCAGGGUUGUUGAGGUGGGAAUCUGGACGUCUGUUUCCAGCAUGCAAACAUGAGUGCUGACAACAGAUAUCAUAAAAUGCACAGAAUUUAGCCAGCCAGAAACUCUCAUUUAUAGAAAAUUGUGAGCUCUGGAGUAUUUUUGCCUUGGAAGGCUGCAUACAUUUCUACAAAUUAGAAUGCUACACCAACCCCUUCUAAACAGAACAGGAGUGCAUGUAAAUCCUUCUAAGCAACAAUCCUGUUGUAGAGUUUGUGUGUUUAAAACAGAUUUUAAGCUAUUCAUGUAAAUCGUGAGAUGGUACAUUUUUGAACUCUUGUUUAUGAUUCUUGUGUUAUUCUUUUUUUUGGAGUAAUUUUUUAGUAGUCUUAUAAUUUCAUUUUAGUUACACUGUGUACACCUCGAAUUCUGUUUGUGUACUAUGUGGGAGAGUAGAACAGAGCACAACAGUCAUAUCCUGUACAAUUAUAUAUAUAAUACUGUACAAUAUCUAAUCUAGAACUUUAAAGUCGAUUUGUACAGGGCCUUUGAUGCUUUUUGUCCCCCCUUACUAAAUUUGAUUGUCAUCGCUUACCUGUAUGUUUCAUUUACCCAUUGUAGAGUAUGCAGAUUAUUUUUUUUCUUAGACACUUGGCAGUUUUGUUACUUACUGAGCAAGAUGAAUGGCAUAUCGCUCUGCCAAAUGUAUCUGCAGAAAUCUUUUUCCAAGAGGGGCAAAGCAAUAAUGUGUAUAGACAGACGUGAAAUGUUAUGCUUCAAAGGAAAAUAAUCUCAAGGGAAGGCACUUGCAUCUUCUUGCCCUAUGCUGAGGACACCCAGCUCAUUCUUUGUCCUAUGUUAAGAUCAUGUUGCCCCAUCCUGGGUUAAAUUAUUCACAAUUCCACCUCCUUCUGUACUAACUCCCAUCUAGCUUUAUGCCAGUUACUUCAUCUAGAGCAGGGGUCCUCAAAUUCCGGCCCCCCAGAUGUUGCUGAACUACAACUCCCAUGAUUCUUUGAAUUACAUAGAUGAAGAAUUUCAUCAUUGUCCCAAGUACAGGGACUGGGCAUAGUAUUUCCAUAUAUCAACAUAACACAACUACAAUGUGCCCAACACCUUCUCAAAAUCAACCACAAAAGAAUAAUGCGACAUGUAUAGCUAUUUCCUGCUAUUUAAGAGAUUCUUCCCUCUAUGAAUAAUUACCCAAGUAUGUCUAUUGCUCAGCACAAUGCUGGGCAUGCUAUUAUAUAUUGAUGUUAAUGUUACACAACAUUAACUUUAAAAUAACACCCUAGGGAUUUCUGGUGUUUAAUGUGCUUAAUCUGUUUGUAAAAUAAAUGUUGGAAUGAAUACCUUAUCAACAAAAUAUUAUCGCACUAAGAAACUAUAUCUACCCUUGCAAGUCUACAUUGUAUAUACACUGGUCGAGAUAACUGCAAUACAAGGACACACAGCACGGCUCGAAACAAAGACAUGGCUCUCAGAUUUAAAGAUUAGUUCAGUUUAAGCAGAAAAACCUCUGGAUCUGAGGAUUAUGUAAUGUGGAAUUUGCACAAAUCAUCUGCUACCUGAAAAUGAGUUUAUGAGACCAGCUUAUUAAUAGUCUAGUAGUUCAUUAAUAUUGAAUUCUCCAAAACAGUAUGAAAUUUCAUGAUUUUGAAAGGUAAAAAUAUUGAGGAAAAAAAAGAAAUGUGAUAUGAGGCAAAAUAAUAGAUACAGCCCGUGCCUGAGCUGUGCUCAUCAUUAUGAACCAGAUUGUUACAUGAUCUUGUAAUGUGACAGUUAUGAGUCACUUUUUUGCCAGAAAAAGACAUGGGCGUAUGACUUGCUAACAAGUUUUAUCAACGUUAGCAACAAUAUUAACGCAGGGUGAUAAUGAUGACCACAGCAGCUGUUCGACAGCAAUACUUCACACAUAUAAAUAUUCUUGAUUAUAUAAUUUGCCCACGUAGUUUAUGUAAAAUCUUCAAUAUUUACUUGGUUAUCAAUUUACUUGAUAAUUAAUGUAAGGCCAUCAGUUAUUUAACUCUUAUUAUUAGGUUUAGCAAAAUUAUAUAAUUAUAUAGGAACCACUGACUUACACUAAUUUAUUGUUAGAUAACUCAGUAGCUUGUCCCAAGGUUCCAGGUUUGAUUGACAGCAGAAUCAAGACGUUUGCAGGGGAAGAUGAGUGCAGUAAUAUUAACAACUAUUCCUCAGGACAUACUUGAGAACUGGCAACAGGCUAAAUGUGAACUAUCUCGUUAAGUAAUUGUGUUUUUGACCAAGAUAUACUGAGCACUAUCAAAUAAUUGCUGGAGAUGUCGAUUGAAUAAUGGUGAUACAGGUAUUUUGGGAAAUCAUAACGAUUAAAAUUGUACAUCUUGGGGGUAAGAAUCUUACCAUGUGUCCAGAACUAUUUUUAUUACACAUAGGAUUGGACACAUGGCCAAUAUAUAAUCUUGAUUUUCCAUACAUGUCUUGAUGGUAGUUAAAAUUGUAAUUGCCAGAUAUUGGAGGACAACUGAUACCCCUCUUUAGCAAAAAGUGGAGAAGCAGUUGUUACAUCAACUAAGGAUGGAGAAAGGCUUGUGGAUACAAGCAAAUAAUUCCUCUUUAUUGGGUUCAUAUUUAGAGAAGUUAGGCCACAGCAGAAGAUGAUAAAAGUAUAGAUAUGAAGGUUAUAAGGUAAAUAUUUCAGCGGCAUUCCCUGACUGACAGCUGAGGGUGGGGGGCUGUUGGGGGGGAGGGGAUCUUAAUUAUUUCCAAUAAAAUAUAUCAAGUAAUACGUGUUUGUUUUGAUUUACAUGUGUAUUAAUCUUAAAGUAACACAAAAUUAAUUUAAAUGUAUUAGAAUUGUAUUGAACAUGAUAAAGAAAAGAAUAAACGUGAAAAAAAAAUAAAUAUUAUUAUAUUAUUACAAUUAUAUUACUUAGAUAUUAUUUUACUAAUAUAAGUCUACAUUAGUGAAAUGAAAGCUUUACAUUUGCUGUAGAAGUGGUUCCCUCUAUAGUUCUAAAGGAAAUGCAUUGUUUUGAUCAAAAUAAUGUGAGCAAUUGUUCAAACCCGGAAGUAAUAUGGACGUAUUCAGCAAAAUAACUCAGCAGGCAUCCAAUACAAAUAUAAACAUACAUACAUCUUGCAAAGCACUUUGUAAAAAGUGUUGUAGAUGCAAAAUUCUAAGUUCACAGGCAGGAUCCCUGUUCCUUUUGUAUUGGUAGACCCACAUUGUGGGGUUAUGGCACUAUAUAAAUGUUAAACAUUAGUAAUAAUUGUUCUUCAGCAGAAAAGAAAAAACAGUUUCUUGUUCAAAACACUACAAAACAGACCCUCACUUGUCACUCCUUCUUUCCCAUCACUUAUAAAGAAGUACUAUAAUUACACAAAUAGUAAAAUACAUAAAAGUACAUAUUUAACAGUGACAGUACAUAUUUAUAUAUAUUUAUGUUUUUCACACCAGUCUACACGCAAUACCACAAGAUAAUAAAGCAAAAAAAUGAUUUUUGACAACACUGAAAAUGUAUUAAACAGAAAAAAAAACUGGUAUGACGCAACAGAUUUGCUCGCCUGGAUAUCGGAAGUUUCUGACAUUCAUUUCUGCAGACCCUUUAAGUUCUGUAUUGCUGAAUGCGGAUGAACUGGGUUCAAGUUUGGCUCUGGCUUGGCCACUCAAAUACACUCACAGAGUUGUCCCUAAGCUGUGUGCUUAGUGUCAGUGUCCUUUUCGAAAGUUAACCUUUGGCUCAGGCUGAGCUCUUCGGUGUUCUGGACCAGGUGUUAAAUCAAGAUAUCAAUGUAUAUUACAUUCAGUUUUCCCUCAACCCUGACCAGUCUCCCAGUCCCUGCUCCUGAAAAACACCCUAAAGCAUGAUGCUACCACCCUAAGCUUCAACAUUGGGAUAGUAUUUUGAAAGUAAUGGUACCUGAGUGUCUCCAGACAUGAUGCUUUCAAUUGAGCCUAAACAUAUGAAUCUUUAUUUUAUCAGACUAAAGCAUUGUUUCACACAGUCUCAGUCUGAGUCUGAGUCUGAGUCCUUUAAUUUAAACCUACUGUGGGUGCACUAAUGGUGGGGAGCACAUUUAAAUUGAAGCCUCCAACCAUUGCCUAUGGGUGGGGGAAUUGGGGGGAUAUGUUACUAGUGAAUGGACAGCAAUAGCGAAAAUGUGUCUCUCAGUGUAUUGCAAAAUUUAUAGGUAAUAUAACAUUUUUGUGUCAUUUGGCUCGCAGAUCAAAUGAUUAAUUAAUUUUUUUAUUUUUAUUUUUACUGCUGAUCAUUUAUUUCCUUUUAUUGGCCACUUCACACUUGAUCUGUUAAUAAAAUCAACCAUAAAUUAUAUUUUUUUCCAUAAAUCAUCUUUAUUUUUGAUACCAGACACAGAACUACGAAACAAACAAAUCUUUUCGCCCAUUGUCCGUUUUAUUUAUUUCAUGAUUCAUCUUCCGUUUUGUUUGUUUUGGGAUUCAUCCAUAUAGUGUUUUGCAGUUUGAAACCAAAUGUACAAGUCUAAUUAAACCUGCUCUGAUGUAAUAACUCUGGAGCAUUAAAGUAGCUAAUGCCUACUUUGUGCUUUUCUGCACAAGCUGAGAAGCUGAUUGAGGUUGUUCAUGAACCAAUUGUAGAACUUGUUCAAACCUCUGUGUCCCAGGUUCUGUUUCUGGCAGUUGACUAUAUAAACACUAUUGGGUAUAAGAUUCAUAUGUACAUUUAUUUAUCACACAAAUAUUUCUAAAGAAAAUAUUUCUAGCCUUGAACAUAUAUGAAAAUAAGCAAAUAUAUCUGUGUUUUUCUGGUUAAAAUAUUUUCAUUAUAUUCACACUUUUUUCAUUGUUUUAAUAUGUAGGUAGGAGUAGAGCAUUUGUCACAGUUAUAAAUAUAGCCCCAACAUUUAACCAGUGUUAAAAUAAAUUAAGUUUAAUUAGUUACAAGUAGCAAUGUUGAUGGUUUUCCUUGCUUGUUUUCAAGAAGCCUCCAGCAUCAGAACAUCCUACAAUGCUUGGGUCUUUGUACAGAGACAAUUCCCUUCCUGCUGAUCAUGGAGUUCUGUCAGCUGGUGAGUUCAAAGAAGAUACAUUCUUUAGCUUUAUUACAUACACGGUAGGGUUUCAGAGGAUGGAUACAAAUACAUUGGGAUAUAAAUAUGGGGUUAUUCCAAAACGUCUAAAUGGCCUUGUUCCAAAUGGGACAAAACCAUCUGGCUAUUGCACCUAGAGGGCAAAAAGCACUUCAGAUUAUCACUCACUUGCAAAAAAAGCAAGUGAACAAUAAUUUGCAAAUGUGCAUCUUACUGGAUGCAUUUGGUUCCCAAUUGAUUUUAAUCCAGAAAUUAAAUGCAUCCAGGCGAUUGCUCCAGAUUUGCUUGGCCCAACCAAAUUGUAAUUUCGAUUUACUAAAUAUGAGAAUUGCCAUUGUGAUCGUAACUUGCUUUGGAUUUUGUCCAUGCGGACAAAAUAAUCUGCUAAUUAAUGAAUAAGCCUUCUAAUCUUUAGACUUGUGCACAAAUCUAUUUUGGCUACGUUGAACGAAUCUAAUGCCUGUCAACCUAUAGACUAACUAAUCAAUUCAUUUGGAAUCAACCAACGACUCGAUUUGUUCAUCUAUGGAUUGUCAGGCAUUCGAUUCAAUUGACACAGCUGAAAGGGAUUGGUGCAAAGUCUACUAGUCUUCACUGGAAGGUUAGUAUCACAUUUAAUUAUCUAGUAUUCUGAAUAAAGAAAAACACUGCAGUAAAGUCAUGGAUCAUACAAUUAUUUUGUUCACAUUAUAUUCACUUAAAGAAUGUCACAGAAGUAGGGAACACAUCAAAUAAUUCCCUUCUUUACUAUGUAACUAAAUGCAUGGUUCAACUAAAUGUGUGGUUUAUUCACUAAACAUUUACAGUUAUAAAACUUAGGCUAAAGUUUAGAAAACGUAUCCAAUUCAGCUACAAUCAUAGUUUGGCUAUUUUGUCUACAUUUAGCUACUCAGUUUUGCAAUUCAGGUGUUUAGUUUAAAAAAUCCAGUCUUUACGCAUUGUGUUGCUACAAUUGAGAGUGAAUUCAUGUGAAAUCCUUUUAUUCCUCUCUAGGGAGAUUUAAAGAGAUAUCUGAGAGCUCAGCGCAAGGCAGAUGGAAUGACCCCUGACCUUCUUACUUGUGACCUUACGACAUUGCAGAGAAUGGCAUAUGAGAUAACACUGGGACUCAUGCACCUUCAUAAAAACAAUUACAUACACAGGUACAGUAAAGAGUCAGGUUUGGUUUUAAGCUGAGAGUAAAACUCAAUGGCCCUUGCCAUAAGGCUCCUCAUUAUAUAAACUUAUCAAGUGCAAUCCUGUCUAGCCAUGCUAGCAAUAGUCCAGAUUUUUUUUUUAUUCUGGCCGGUGAUUUGAAAAUCAGGUAAAAAGAAAAAAAGCUAGUAUCUUGCUGUCCCUCCACUACCUGUAGAGAUCUGAUGCUAAAGAACCCCACAUCUGGGGUCUUGGCCCUAAAAAUCCCCUCCCCAGCACGUAACUGUUAUUUUGGACCUUCCAACUACAGGAUAGGAAGACAAGUAUGGUAUAUACAUUUCUCUUGCAUUGCAAAGCAAUGUUCAGAGUAUGAUUAUGUGUGCAUGAGUGCAUAAACAAAGCAGAAAUCAACUGUUCAGAAAAUAUCCUUUUAAUGGAGGCAAUCUGUUUCUUGCGUCUCAGUGCCACCAUCUUAUGAGCUGUGUGGGUGUUAACCCUUUGUGUAACACCCACCUCUGAUCCUUCAUGUGCUCCUCCUGCUCUUUUCUUUGAUAUGCUCUGCUUGGGAUGCUUCCACUAGCAGCGCAAACCUCCUCAGUUACGCAACAUGCUGAUUUCGUUGCUGACAUGCUGGUCCUACACUCCCUAGUCAGUGCAAGCAGCAUUGGCUAGGGAGUUUCCAUAGCAACUGUAGUACAUGCGCUUUAGUUUCUAUGCCUUGGAAAGCAGAAGGACCACCUGUGGGUGGACUUUUCUGCUUUCCCUGUUCAGUCAAAUCAUCAGUGUAGGGUCGACAUAGAAUGCCAAAUGCAUACAGAUCUAAAUUUUAAUCAAAUCAGUGCGCUGUGAAUCUUCCGAAUCCUAUACUAUGCAUAGGGUAAAAGCACUAAUUUUAAUCCAGUCCCAGAAUAUAUCUGGCUAUUAAUGUAGAUUUGUUUGGCAUGACCAAAUUCCAACCGGAAUUGUCUUUAGUAAAUAUGAGAAUUGCCAUUGUGGUUGAAUUUCGAUCAUUUUCACUGGAUUUUGUCCAUUAAGGACCAAACUUAUGAAAUAAAAGGGAAUCAUGACAUGUCACACAUGCCAUGUGUCCUUGAGGGGUUAAUGAAAAACCCUGUGUAAUGAGGCUGGGACCUGCUGUACUGUGUCCAAAUAUUUCCUGUCUUUCACCUGCUGUGUAACUUGAUUGAAUGCUUGGGUCAGUUCACAUAAAGAAAAAAAUAGGAAACGGAGCCUCCUUUGGCACUACAGGCAUUGAAUAGAUAGAUUGAUAGGAGAAUUGUCAGGGUGAGUGCUAAAUAACAAGGUUUCUUGAUAUACAAACAUUACUUGCUGAAAAUGGUAUGUUCUGCACUACAAGCCCAUCAAAUCAAUAAGUUACAUAAUUACUAAUGGCUUAGAACUUCAGUUUUUUAUUCAUUCUCCUUCAAGCAAUAGAAGAAAUGAUUUAUACAUAAAAUAGAUGGCACAACAUGUAUUUUGCUCUUUUCACAAGGAUGUCUUAAAUAGUUAUUCAGUAAAGGGAGAACUGUCUAGAAUGUAAACUGAAUGUCACAUUUAAGGCCUAAAUAGCCAAACUGAAUUUUUUUUCCCAAGUAAGCUAUGUUUUCAGUUCAACUGCUUUGCCUCAAAUUUGAAAUUCACUUUGCAUUCACUUUAAAUACUCAUUUUAGUAAAUAACUAAGUCACUCAUAGAUCUGAUUGUGGAGUUAGCCAGCAGAUAAUGUGUACACGGUUUCACACAAGAGAGCUACGCUUGGACACUGGAAACUAAAUAGCAUUUCUAGCCGUGACCAUGUGAUAAAGUAGAUUAUUCUUUAACAUAUUCUUAAACCAUAAUAGUAACAUUAAAAUGAGACACGUUUAAAAAGAAAUAAAACAACAAUGUAUAAAACAUUGCAUAGUCAAUUAUUCCCUGCAAUCAAACUUACAUGAUAGAGUUUUGUGAUUAAAGGGGAACUAUAGUGUUAGGAAUACAAAUUUGUAUUCCUAACAUUAUUGUGUCCUUUGGUCCCAACCUCCCUUGUGGCCUCUCCCCUGGCUAUAAAGGGUUAAAAAGCCCUUUGGUCACUAUGACGGAAGCCAUGGCGUUUUUGAGAUAUGUGAAGGCCAGCCUCCUGCCCACCAACUAUGGGCCUGGCCCCCAGAUCCACUAAAAAGAGCUAUUUUCAGCUGGAAUUGGGGAUCUCUGGGGAACUCUGGGGAUUGCCUGGACCCAUUCUGAACAUUGAGCGUCUGACCUGGAGAUACCCUGAAACUCUAUGGAACUAUUUGCUAGAUUUGAAUUGUACUAUGAUCACAUACAUCUUUAAUUGGUUUAAAUGGGUUUACUGUCCAGGGAAACAGGGUAUUGGGGGCAUUUUGUACAUUUUGGGCUAUAUGUUUGGGAGGCACAGCAGGGAGUCUAUCUGGUUAGCUGGAGAUUUUGCAAUCAAGACUCCAGACAGAGUGGCACCAGGGUGGGACUCCUGUAAAAAGCCAUUGCAUUUUUACAGGAGUCCCCCUGGUGUGUGAAUCCACAUUUCUGUGCAUAAAAUGUCUGUGUGUCCAAUAAAGCUGUUCUCUACCCCCUACAUUCAGUCUCGAUAGCUAUAAUCACGGCAUAGAGCUGUGAGCGCUGUAAAGAGCUAUGACCACUAGAGAGAGCUAUAACCACAGCAGCCUGAUCCAGGGUGGCAGAGCUGCACAGAGACCCCAGUCAAGCUGCAGCAACUGGGUCUAAAGCGCUCCAAGGUCCCUGAUUGCAGGUAGGAAGCAAAUUUGGUGAAAGUACACAGCCGGAGUACAGGAGCUCCAUUACAGUCCCUUACCCAAUUUCAGUGCUGAUGUCCCUGGUUGCUGGGUUGUGAAUCCCCUCCUAUGACAACAUCCAACGAAGGGGACUAAUGUGCAUGCGAGGAAAGUAACACAAGAGCACUUGGCCUUCCCCAUGGGAAAGCAUUGCCUCAGUGCUUACCGAUGGGGUUUUUACUGACAUUAGAUGUCCUCUUGUAGAGCAUGAGGACAUUCAGCAUUGUUUAAUGGAGUCAAUCUUCCUUAGGAUACAGGAAGCACCUCUCUUUAGUAUAAACAUUAGUAUAAAUAAACAUUGCAGUUUCUCUGAAACAGGGAUGCUCCAUCCAGACCACUUCAAUCAAAUGAAGUGGCCUGAGUGCCUAUAGUGUCCCUUCAAGGAUAUCCUCCUUAAAGUAAAGAACAAAAAAUAUUCUUGUUAUAAAAUACAAUGCGUCACUAAUAAUAUGUACUAUUACUUUCCACAGUGACUUGGCCCUAAGAAACUGCCUUCUCACUUCUGAUCUCACUGUUCGUAUUGGGGAUUAUGGAAUUUCUCACAACAAUUACAAGGUAAUUUGUUAAAAACAAUGUCGCAAAUCUCAUCAGGAUAUAUAUAUAUAGAGAGAGAGAGAGAGCCAAUGACAAGUGUGUUUAGAAAUCCAGUGAUCUAUACUUACUUUUCUGAUUGUAAAUGUAAAUAUGACUUAAAAAACAGUAAAUGUAUUUAUUAAUUACAUAUAGUUCAUUAUACUAUAUUGAAAUAAGUAAAAUGAUAACUAUUAGUAUUUUUUUUUAAUUCUUUAUUUUUUCUGUGCAUGAAGAAGAAAGACAGUUACAAUUACGUUUGCAUUGCCCCAAUAGCAUAUGCAUGCUUAAUAACAAUCUACAGCAAUUUAUCAAGGCAUAGCAAGAGAAAUACAAUGCACGUUUUUAUAAUAUGGCACGAGGUAUACUUGUAAGCUUGAAUACAGUGCUAGUGAGUAAUUGACUUUUAUAAUAUAAGCUUAUGAAAUAUAGUACUAUGGUAGAAAAAGUGUUUCCAGGAGGCCCCCCAAGCAAAUCAGGCUUUGAGCCCUGUUGUGGUAGUUUGAGGAUGGGAGCAUGCUAGCGUACUGGGUUAAAGUAGGGCUCGGGGUGUGGGCAUUGGGGAUGUAUUGCUGGGGUACUAUGGUACCUAUGUUCAGUCUCGAGUUCAUCCAAUGCCUUGUGGAGGCGCUGCGCUUUCUUGCCCUGAGAGUCUGUCGAUGGAACUUUGCUGCUUUCCCUGGAUUGGGUCCACCUUCAGGAGUCGCUGUGAAAGCUCAGCUGUGCAGGUGCGGCAUCUUCUCUUGCGUGGCUUCCGAGACCGGCUUGCUUUGUGAGGCCGGUACAUUGGGGCUGCCCUGUUGAUUUGUGGCAGGCUGGUCGCAGCUGUGUUUGCCGUUUGCCGAGUGCUGGGGCGCUUGGUUGUGUUCUGUGGCAUGGCCCUUGUGCACUGGGAGCCAGGUCAAAUGGUCCGCCAUUUUAUGUCCCUCUGAGUCCUGGUCGAUGUGGGUUUGUUGCUGGAGCGUGGAGGCAGUUUGUUAGGCGUGCGUUCUGUCUUGGUAGGCAGCGGUGCUUGUUGCUGCCUACUCUCCAGCUUCCUCCAGAAGGCAGUGAACAGGCUGUCCAGUCUGUCUUCUAGGUCCCAGUGUGGGUGAGAGCACGUGGCGUCCGCCAUUUUUCGUUGCUCCAUUGCUGGGUAGUGCUCGUUCAGGUCCUGUUCAUUUGUCCUAUGGAGCAGGGUUGCCUCCCUGGAGUGGACCGGGAUCACCCCCGCCGGUCCCUGGGGGCGGGGAGGUAGUGUGUUGCUGUGUCCGCUUCGCCGGUGUCUGGACAAGGAGAGCGGCUGUCUCUCCCCAUCACCGCAAUCAGCAGGCCGCGACCAGCUAUCCCAGGUUCCCGGCGCUGGAAUCGCAUAAGUCGGGUAUCAGAAGGUACACCAGCCUUCCCCUAUCUCGGUUGGAGCAUUUUGGUGCUUGGUCGAUUUGAAUAAGUGCGAUUUUUGUUAGGGAAUAUGCUGAGAACAACGGGAGCCCUGAGAACAUGCGACUGUUCAGUUAGCAGGUCAAGCUCCGCCCCCCCUAGUAAGAAUGAUAUAUUGAAAUGAGACAUUAAAUAUGAAACACUAAAGUGAAACUUAUCCGUAAAAAAUCAGCUUUGCUACCAGUGUGGCUAUUUUGGCCUUUAAUUUGAAAUUUAAUUUUUACUUUAGUGAAUAACUCUGAUUAUGUGCAUUUAAAUUAGUAAUGUGCCAAAUGAAGAACCUUUUAUAAUAAUGUAUUUCUGAUGUAUGUGUCCAGGAGGAUUACUAUAUUACUUCAGACCGUCUGUGGAUCCCGUUGCGAUGGGUUGCUCCUGAGCUCUUAGAUGAAGUUCAUGGCAAUUUAGUUGUGGUUGAUCAAAGCAAGGAAAGCAAUGUCUGGUGCGUGCUUUAUUUAAUUAUUACUAUUAUUAUUAUUAUAUUGUUCACUUUCAUAUUUAUAAAUGUCACUAUGCUAUAUUUCCAUCAACCUAUUUAUCUGUCAGUCAGUCAUUCUGUCUCUCCAUCCUUCAUCCAUUAUCUGUCCAUAUUUCAAGAACAUUUCCAUGCAUGGAACCAACAAUCUCAUUGUUUCACCCCUAAUAUAGUGCAUUGGUGGUUUACAAGACAAAACAACAGCCAUGCACUGCUCUGCGUGCAAAAUGUUUCAAGUGUGACUGCAAUUUAGCUACACAAUUGUCUAGGUUGAAAAAAGACUAAAGUCCUUCAAGUUCAACUGUGAAGCCAGUUCUUUUAUAUUGUUGACCCAGAAGAAGGCAAAAAAUCCAACUGUAGCCAUUCCCAACUAAGCCACAAAAAUGGAAAAAAAAUGUUUUUGACUCCAUAAUAAUUCGAUCAACUUAAUUAGAUAUUCUGUUUAUGCAAAAAAAAAAAAAAAAUCCAAGCCUUUUUUAAAUGUAUCUAUAGAAUCUGACUUGUUCUUGGAAUAUCCUGCAAUAUCCUUAUUUAAAGCCUAACAUUGAUUUAUAAAGAGGCAAAAUUAUAUUUGGAUCAUGUGAAUCAAAACCACUUUUUAUACAUAAAACCUUACUAUAACCUUACUAGCUUUUGCAACGACAGACUGGCAUUGCAUACUGUUGCCUAGUUUGUGAUGUAUAAUUGUUCCCAAGUGUUUUUCACUAAAUGUACCAUACCCCAUUUAAUGCGUGGUUUCCUUAUUCUUAAAUGCAUGACUUUGAAUUAAUUUGUAUUGAAUCUCACCUGCCACUUGCCUGCCCAGUCCCCCAAUUUAUCCAAAUCCUUUUUUUGAGAAGUGUUAUCAUGCUCAGACUGUAUUGUCUUACAUAUUUUUGUGUCAUCUGCAAACACCAACAAAUUACUUUUAAUGCCCACAAGAUAAUUUAUAAACAGAUUAAAUAGCAGUGUAUGCAGGACAGAACCCUGAGGCGCUCCACUUACCACUUUUGUCCAAUUUGAAAUUUUUCCUUUUACAACUCCUCUCUGCACUAUCUUUAAGCCAUUAUUCUAUCCAAUAACACAAUUUUUGUCCAAACCAACUGAUUUCAGUUUUACUAGUAACCUUUUCUGUAGAGAUGUAUCAAAUGCCAUAGCAGAAUCCAAGUAGAUCACAUCUACUAGAUCACCCUGAUCUUUAUUUCUACUAAUGUCUUCACACAAUGCAAUUAAAUUAGUUUGGCAUGACCUGUCUUUUAUAAAUCAUGUUGAUUCCUGCUAAUUAUAGUGUUGUUUAAAAUUAAUUCUCAAAUAUUAUCCCUUAACAGCCAUUCAAAAAUAUCCCAACCACAGAUGUUAAGCUCACAAAUCUGUAGUUUACAGGUUGAGAUUUUAAACCCUUUUUAAAUAUAGGCACCACAUCUGUUUUUUUUCUUCAAUCCUCUGGUGGAAUUCCUGAAAAAAAAGAAUCCUGUUUUUUUUUUUUUUAAAUACAGCGGUAUAAAAAUGUCAACACUAAGCUCCCUAAGCACAUGUGGGUGAAUUCCAUCUAGCCCUGGGGCUUUGUUCACAUUAACUUUAUUUACUCAAUCACCUGUUUGCUGUAAUGCUUUUGUAACAGCGAUUUGCAAAUCUACAGCUAUAGAUUAUUCUUUCCUAUAUAGUGAAGAAUAAUUAUUUAGGAUUUAUGCCUUGUCCUGAUCCUCUUUGAUUACCUCACUCAUCUUCUUUUCCAAUGGACCAACACUUUCACUCUUAACCUUUUUGGCAUUAACAUACUUAAAAACUCUUUGGGGUUUGUCUUGCUGUGAGCAUUUCAUUUUCAUGUUUAGCCAUCUAAUCUUCCUUUUGCAAGUCCUAUUGGCAUGCUUAUAUUUGUUAUAGGAUGCAAUCGACUACCCUGAUUUAAAUGUUUUAAAUGCCUUUUUCUAAUCUUUUAUCAUUUGACUGACGCUUGUACUAAGCCACAUUGGUUUUAAUUUGCUUCUUUUAUAUUUGUUUCCCAAUGGUAUGGAUUAAGAAAUGUACUUUUGUAGAAUUUGAUUGUAGACCAUUUAUCCUCUGUGCUUUUGCCGGUGCAUGUUUUCUGUCAGUCAAUUAACUGUAAAGAUUCCCUUAUACUAUUGAAUUUAGCCUUUUUAAAAUUAAGUGUUGUGUACAGCCCAUAUAAAUUAGCUGUUUUUUUUAGUAACAUAUUCACACUAUUAACGAAUAUCCCAUGUUUCCUGCGACCCAGAAGGCUGCAACAUCCUCAACUGUAUCAUCACAAGUGUUUUGUACAGCCCAUAUAAAUUAGCUGGGUUUUUUUAGUAACAUAUUCAUACUAUUAACAAAUAUCCCAUGUUUCCUCCGACCCAGAAGGCUGCAACAUCCUCAAGUGUAUCAUCACAUACAAUUUCUUUAACACUUGGCUUCAAAUUAGGUUUUAUAUAAAGACAUACAAUACAAUUUAUCUCACAUGUGUAUCUAAAAUAUUGUUUUCUUUUCUUUGUAUAUAUAUAUAUAUAUAUAUAUUUACAGGUCCUUGGGAGUGACUAUUUGGGAACUGUUUGAAUUUGGGAGCCAGCCAUAUCGUCACCUAUCAGAUGAAGAAGUACUGACUUUUGUAGUCAAGGAACAGCAAAUGAAACUGGCAAAACCUCGACUUAAGUUGCCCCACUCAGAUUAUUGGUGAGGUUGCGUUAACUAUGUACCCAGUUAGUCAUUCUAGGUAUUAUUACUUGUACACUAAUUCUAAGAGGAAGCACAUCCAUGUUGUUCAAAAUUAAAGCCCUUCAAUUUAAUUUUAAGGGCUACUUUGUUUUGUGACUCUGGAAAGAUAGCCUUUGCUGUAAUGUCAUGAGUGUCCCAUGAAUGAUCUCAGAUUAUACAUCAUAUUGACUUUAUGAUAGGAUAUAUAUUUGUAACAUAAUCCAGUGUUUUGUAUUGCUUUUCAGGCUUAGCACAAACAUCUAAUUUAGCUAUACUAUCUUCAAAUUAAUUUUUCUGGAUAUUUUUUCUAGGUACGAAGUUAUGCAGUCCUGCUGGUUAUCUGUCGAACAGAGACCCACGGUGGAAGAGCUUCAUCUACAACUCACUUACUUAUUAAGUGAGUGCUCUAAUCAGACAGAAGAAAGUUUUGAGUGGCGCUGGAAUGCUCUUAAACCAAGCAAAUCAUCAGGAGGACCUUUGCGGCACUCUGAAGAAAUUUCAGCUUUCCCUCUUCUAGACAAUUUUAGCGGUGGGGAUGGCUUUCAUGCUGACAUGGAUGACAUAUUGACUGUAACAGAGAGCAGCCGUGGGCUCAACUUUGAGUACAUGUGGGAGAAAGCCCGGCUAGGUCGCUGGAAAGCAUCUUCACAAUGCCAAGACUACCAACCAAGCAAUGGGAGUCUUACUGUGCCUGCAAACCCUUUUUAUGAUUCUAGCCAUCAACAUUCACGCCAGAGUUUGGAAACACCCAGUGUGGUCCCAGUUAUCAGUGCACGGAGCCCUUCAGUAAGUAGUGAAUAUUAUAUUCGUUUAGAAGAACACACAGACAGGGGCAGCAGCGUGGAUUGUACUGUUUGUGCACCCAGUCCAAUCUACGAAAGAAAAUAUGACCUACAAGAAAAACGAGCUCUUCACCAACGCUUAUCCUUAGGUAGUCCUUCUUCUCCUCUUGAACCACUUUUUCCAUCAGACUGGGAUGCACUUGAAAGUGGAAGAACAAGUCCAGAUGACCCACCUGCACACUUAAUUUUGCAUGAAGUUCCUAAACUCAUAGACAGGUGGACUCCAAGUAACAACAAUCCUUUUAUUACCAUAGGAAGAGAACUCCCCCGUUAUGUAAACCCUUUCCGCGGGUCAAUAGAUAGAGAUUUGUCAAGGCAGGUACAGGAGACAUCUCUAAUGGAACCCAUGCCAGAUGUUUUUUCAUCAGAUUCCAUUUUAAAUGUUUAUAGAGACAUUGAAGAUCACAGAAGGAGCUGGGAUUCUGAUACAAUGGAAGAACGAGGUGCUGGAGAAACACUAGCAGGAGAUCCAGAAUCUCUGGCUGAGUUCUUGGAUGACCGUGCAUCACCAUGGGAUUGUGAGGCUUCUCUAAUGGAAGAUCAAAGCACUGAAAGCAGCAGUAGCAGCACGGACAACAGUAAUCAUCGUAACAUGCCUAUAUGUCCUCUGUGUAGCAGAGGAAUGCUGGGUAGUCUGCAAAGAUGCUCAUGUGCAAUGUUACGUGGGGAUGUUGUGAUUGAUUGGACCACUCAUGUCGCCAUGCAUCAGGACCAUUAUGCCUUGGAUGAUGAUUCAUCUUUGAAAGUUGAACAAGGUUCUUUAUCAGAAUGCUCGAUACAAGCAAGAACAUUUGGUGAUAGCGAUAUGUAUUCUGGACCAUAUGGAGAGAGUCUUUGUGCAACCGAACAUCAGGAAUUUUAUGAUCCUCUCAUGGGAGCAGCUGUAAAAAGUUAUGACAUUCAAGAUUAUCGUAAUCGUAAUCAAAUAAAGGCCUAUGAAUCACUUCAAAAGACUGUUUCCAAUCAUCCACCUUCUCCCUUUAUUGGAAUUUCAAAUUCCUUGGCUAAUUGUAGUGUGAUUGUGCCAAUUGAAAUCCCACCUCUCUCAACUCUAGCUGAAAGUAUAGAAGAGGAGACCAUAGAGAUUGCUCCAGAUGUUAUACAAAGAUACCCAAUAAGCCGUAAUAAUUUGCUCACAGAAAAGACACAACAUGGUCCUCGGGAAACACUAGACUCUGCUGAUUCUUUGGACAUUCCAUCUAACACCAGCUCAUCAGAUGUGUGCAGUCCAUCUUCUCACUAUUCAUCACCUGGCCAAAAGUUUGGGGAUAGUGGUUAUGAGACAGAGAAUACUUUUUCUCCUGAAUUUAUUUUUAAGGACAUAAAAGAAGAUGAAUUGGGAUCUAAAGAUUUAAAGUUACCCUUAACUCCAAUAUCAGAGUCAACAAGUGAUUUGACAUUGACUGAGGACUUGUCAGAAGCACAAGCCACUCCUACGGAAGAAGGGUCACUUCGAACAUUGGGUCUUGGUACACUGCAUCGAGAUUCAGCAUAUUUUUCUGAUUAUGAUAAUGAACCAGAGAAACAUUGUAGAGCUGCUAGACAAAGGCUUGAUGGUGAGAAUCAUAAUGGGUUUUGUAAAGAGGAUGAUAUAUCAUUUACAAUACCAGUAGAAGAGAGUGAUCAUAACGAGCAUGAUGAGCAAGCAGCUGAAGAAAUCAAUGCCGAUGAAAGGGAAAGUGAUGAUAUGCCUAAAGAUGUAAUUUGCUCAUCACUGGAUAAUGAACACAGCCAGCAAAGUGAUCAAAUCAGUGAUGCAGAUGACAAAAAUCUGAACUGCAAUGGGGGGUUAAAUUCAAAGGAAAAUGAAUUAAAUCACCCGGUCACUGAAAAUAAUACUAUUGAGUGUCAUGAAGGUUGUGAGAAGACUCAGUCAAGCAUCACCCACAAAAAUGGAAAUGAGAAUGUACUAAAAAAACAAUCAGAAAGUGGUUUUGUAGUUCAGGUUUGCAAAGAACAGCUUCUUGUCUCAUUGAGAGAAAAUGUAACUAGAAAUGUACUCUCUAACUUUGAAUCAUCAGGAUCUGUGAACUCUUGUGUCUUAAGAGACACGGCUGUGUUGAAGUUAUGGUCCAUGGAUCCAAAUCCCAAUAAGGUAACCGAUGGCCCAUUAAAUAAUGAGUUCUCAUCCAAUGAGUCGUCAGAAAACUCUGAACAUCAGAAUCCAGAAGGUAGUAAUUUGCCAGCUUGUGACAAUAUUGUGAGUAGUAACUCAACUAAGAACUGUUCUACAGAUGAGUUAAAGGACAUUAGAGUUGACGAAAGUGACACACAGCAGUCGCCUGACAAAGAAAAUAUGAAAAAAGAUGAGAAAGAAGCAUGCACGCAAAAUAUCCCUUCAGAAACCAGCAGCACGUCAGAAACGCCCAUUGAUAACUGCAAAAGCAAUUCAGACACUGCAGGUCAAACUGAUGAACAAGAACAAUUAAAGCUUCCUGUAGAUUUUGGAUCUACAGCAAAUCCUGGCAGUGAGGCUAUAAAAGGUAUGAAAAUGUAAUUCUGUUAAAGUACAGACGCACGUCUUGGCGCAUAUUAAUCUAUUUUUUCUUUCAGCAUUUGACAAAACAAAAUCCAAGGCAAUGAAAAAAAAGUCUUAGCAAUAUUAUCUAGAUUAAUUUCAAGGUCCAGGUCCACUAGAGUUUGAAUUUACCCCAUUUUUUAUUUUAGUGUAAGGUUCAUAAAAUAGAUCUUCCAUUGUUCUGUCGAAAAUAACCAAUGAUAAUACUGAUUAUUCUGUAUUAACUAUCAAAGAGGACACAUUUUAAUUAAUAUGUAUAAUUAUUUCAUGGCUUUAUUUAUUUAUUUUAUGGCUUUCAAAAAAUAAACAUUUUUUUAUCAUGUGUUUUGGUAUAUCAAUAUUAUUCAUACUUAAUUUAUAAAGGAGGGAGAACCAAUUUUAUUCUAGAUAUAAGAUACCAGAGAAUGAGGGUAUUGGAGAACAGUAUUUUUAAAUAUAAGCACAGUUUUUUUUUUAAAUCAUAUUCCUAUUGUGUAUCUACACAAGCUCGUUAUUCUUUUUAACAUCCUGAAAUAUUUUGGGGAAAGAAGCAAUAAAUAACAAUAUUCACCAUUUAUUAAUGGUCAACUCAAAAAAAUAAAUGUAAACUGUAUGUCCGUUGUAUGUCCAUUCAUAGCAUAAAAUGUGCUAAUUGAGGUUAAAGCCCAAGCGAAGUCUGACUCAGAUGUUUGUAUUUUGUGAUAUCAAUACUCAGUAAUUAACAGUAUAUCACUUCAUAACAUGUAAUUUCCUGGUGACCAGUUAAAUAUGUGGCUUAGGUCCUUUUGCAAGCAAUAAACAAAGCUAUAGUAAUCCAACAUCAAUUAAUCACACUGAGUGGUAUAAUAACAAACCACCACUAAAGGAUUAAAAAAAAAAAUAUAUAUAUAUAUAUAUAUAUAUAUAUAUAUGUGAUAUUUCUUCUUUUUGCCUAGUUUAUUUUACUGACUAAAAAUUUUUUUUGUGUUAUUAAAAGCAAAAUAAUGUGAUAAUAUAUUGAAAACUUGUAGAUUGCAACCCAGGGUAAAAUUCAGCAAUGAUGCCAUAGGUCGAUUCUUUUAUCUCCCUCCCAGAAUUAUAACAAGGCCAUGGUUGCACAAUUUUUGUUGGAGUAGGGUAUCCAGUUAAAAGUACACCCAGAUAUAAGUACAUCACUCAUGUCAAAUAAUAUUCUACUGUUUAUUUAUUAAAGGACCACUCUAGGCACCCAGACCACUUCAGCUUAAUGAAGUGGUCUGGGUGCCAGGUCCCUCUAGGAUUAACCCUUUUUUUUUAUAAACAUAGCAGUUUCAGAGAAACUGCUAUGUUUAUACUGAGGGUUAAUCCAGCCUCCAGAAUCCUCUAGUGGCUGUCUCAUUGACAGCCGCUAGAGGCGCUUCUCUUGUGAAAAUCACAGUGAGAACGCAUAGCGUCCAUAGGAAAGCAUUGUAAAUGCUUUCCUAUGCGACCGGCUGAAUGCGUGCGCGGCUCCUGCCGCGCAUGCGCAUUCAGCCGAUGACGUCGCGAGCAAGGAGGAGAGGAGGAGUACAGCUCCCGCCCGGCGCUGGAGAAAGGUAAGUGUUUAACCCCUUCCUCUCUCCAGAGCCCGGCGGGAGGGGGUCCCUGAGGGUGGGGGCACCCUCAGGGCACUAUAGUGCCAGGAAAACGAGUAUGUUUUCCUGGCACUAUAGUGGUCCUUUAAAUAGUUGUUCUACCCACAAAAUAACUGUAACCACUCAAAUGUUUAUUACAUUUUUUUUGACGAUUUCCAAUCUCUAUAGGGUUGGUGGACUCAAGAUAGCAGAAUAUAGCAGAAUUUUUGUGUAUAAUCAGGUUCCUUAUUAAUUUGGGGUUCACUGUAAUUUGGCCAGAAGGGACGGGGGUUUAGAUGUGGGGCACUUACAAACCAGUGCUCAUCCCCAGUUCUUUAUAAAUUAAAGGGACACAAGAUACAAAAAUCUCUCUUUAAUACAGAAACAGAAACCUUUCUCUCAUUAUAUUAUCCAUAUAUUGUCCAUACACACAGUGCAAGGGUGAUGCCAGAUAUGUUUGUUGGGCCCUGAUCACUAAUGACUUCUAGGAUCUAUAUAUUUAUUUUUGAAUCCCUCUAUCUCUGCUCAAAGGAUUUGGGUUAGAAGUAAGGCCGAUUGCUUGGCCUUCCAUGGUUACAAUGAAGUCACAAGAACACAAGUAUGUUUAUGCACUCUAUUUUAGUGGCAGAGAAUUGGAGGGAUUGGGCAUCCACAGCCACAUAACUUGAUCACACAUUUUACCUUAUAAUGUUGUCUCUGUUACAUGUCAGUAUUUUACAUUCACAUAAUGCAGAAUUUUUACCAAAUUAACUAUCUCAGCCAACAUGGUAACUAUGUGUUAGGUUUCGUGAUUCAUCCACUCCCCAUGCAAUAAAAAUGACAGAAUUUAACAGUCUAACAUAUUGAGCAAAAUAAAGCAGUUCUACUUUCCACAACAUCUUCUUAAGUAUAAAAAUUAGUAAUCGAACUAAGAUGAAACUUACGACAGAUUCUUGACUUGGAAAUUAAUUUGGAAAAGGUAGGAACACUAGUCAAAUGCCAUCAGAGUGUUUUAGCAAACGCAAAGAAGCAAAAAAAGGCUGCUCACUCUAAGGCCUUAUUUCCCCAAGGUCCUAAACAAUCUACAAAUAAUAAUAAAUGAGGAGCAAAACCAUAUAAAUAAAAAGCACUUUAUUAAUUGGUCCAACAUAGCAGGUAUCCCAGGAUGCAUGCCAAAAAACAUUAGCAUGUCACAAUAAAAAUACAAAAAAUAUAUACAAUGUACCACAGUCACAAAUAUACAUGAUACACUACUAGAAAAGACAAUAAUACCAUUCCAGAUACAUAAUCAUAUAGAUACCUGAAAAAACUACCCAACAAGUAAUACAUACCAUGAAAAAUACCAGAAAUAGUGAGAAGAGGGAGAAAGUCGUAAAGCACCCAACGUUUCGACAGAAUUGCCUUUAUCAAUGGAGCAUGUUGUACAAAGGAAAGAAACUCCUUUAUAUACCCAGUAGUAAACCAAAUAGCAAUAAAAAACACCUGAGUGUGAAGGGUGGCCACCCACAAUGAUUGAGAUCCUCCUAACCAUAAUCACAUGGCUAUGGUCACCAAGGAAGCCAAUACACAGGAAGUAAGUAUGCUUUAAACUUGUACCUGUACCAAUCAAGAAAAAAAAAAAAAGAUAAUAACAAAAAAACCCAAAAUAAUAAACUAAAAUUUAACAAAAGAUUAUCUGUCAUUAGCAACCGAUCACCAUGAAUGCUUGUAUAUGCAGUGGAACGCACAAGCGCUCCAAAAAUAUCCGGAAAAUAUGCAGAAACAAGAGUCUUGACUUGGACCUUGGUUUUUAGUCAGUAUGCAAUAUUUUGCAUAGUUAAAAUGGUACUUAGGCCACAAUUUCACACCUUUUAUAGAUAUGUGAUCUCUUAUGUAAAAUAAAACUUUGACUAACAAUGGUAAAAUAAUAAGUUACUGCAUAAAAAAAACAUGUUUCCCACUAUAGAUGAGAUUUACUGUCAAUGGGAUCACAAGGUACUAUCUCAGUCUUAUGUGUUUUGGCUUAUCGUGCCCGUAACCAUAAAUACUGUAGUAUUUGGUCACUUAAAAUUGUGAUCAAUACUAAAAUGGUUUAAUAAUUUAGCUUUAUUUUAUCUCAUAUUGGUAAAUGGGGAUGCUAUUGCUUUCCCAUUUACUUAAACUCUUUCCCAUUCUGUUCUUCAGCAAAAGUUGCCAGGCUCUCUCUCUCCCUCCCACCAUUAAACCUUCAAGCAUUCCAAAGUUCAACUGUGCGCAAAUCAUUUUGGGACAGUGGUGAAGAAAAAACAAGCGAUCUACCAUUUAACAAAGUAGAUGAGGAUGAGGAAGAUGAUGAGUUUGGAUUCCCGGGGCCACAGCAAACAGGCUCAGAGUCUGAAGAAGUAACUGGGGUUCCCAUUGUAGUAACAGAGAUGGAUGAUGGACGCAACUUACGUAGCCUCCUGAAAUCACCAAAAUCGGCAGAUGAGGUGGAUGAUGAUCUUGAUCGCAAAAGAAAGAUGGUCUCCUUUUUUGAUGAUGUCACCGUUUACCUAUUUGAUCAGGUAUAUGUUUUAGAGAGAGUACUAAAACCUGAUAAUGUCACUUAGUUUCUGUAAAAGUAGAAAUAAGAAUAAUGACAUUAGCUUUUGUUUAUAUAAAAACUAUAUAUAUUACAUAUAACAAUAUAGAGAGGACGAGAGGCAGAGAAUCUGCCAUGACUGUCCUCCAUUAGCUGUAAAUAUAAAUUUCUAAUAUUUUAAAUAUAAAUACUUUUUAUCUCUGGAUAGAUGUCUGGCUUUAUGGCUUCUUCAGUGUGUUUUAUAAUUUUUUUACAUAUCUGUGUAGGAGACACCAACAAAUGAAUUGAGCAAUCAAAAUUCAACUGAGAAUGAUGAGAGUUUACAUAAUCCUCCUGUGGAUUCCAGCCUUGACACUUUCGCAUCACCAGAUGGUUUCAGUAAGAUCCUUAUUUCUGUUUAUUUACACAUUCAGUCUACUAUUAUAGUGGCUAGUAAAAUGAAACACAUAUUUAAAGUGGGUCUGACAGUUUUGAGGUUCUUUGCAUAUUUCGCAAAGACUCAUGAAAUGGACAGAUUCAGUGUGGGCCCGGUGGAUGCUGCGUUUGUCCCUCGCUGCCAUCGUCAUGAUGCAGGUCCUCUUCUCUUCAGCUCCAGGCACUUCUACUGCUAGUAACCAUGUUAAAGCUGUACUCUCUAAUCUACAUGAGGGUACAACACUGAGGUAUAUGGAGGAAUCUGUGAAACCGCAGGAUCCUCCAUAAAGAGAGUUUGAUUCCAACAAUUGUCAUUUGUGACGGCUACUGGGAUUGGACAAAGAUGUGCAAGAGGAGUUACGCCAUUUGCCAACUUUUGUCAACCUCAGGCUUUACCAUAAAUCAAAAUAGUCCCUAAUUUGUCUUAUGAUAUCUUUGGAUUGUGUUGGAAUUUAUAUUUAUUAUAUAUAUAUAAUAUUAUAUAUUUAUAAUUUGUAUCCUUAUGAAAGACUGAAAAUUGACAGACCGAUUUAAAAGUAGUUUUACUUGUAGAUUAUUUUCUUAUUUGUGAUACAGCUCUUGAGCCUAAGGAUCCCAAUCUCAGGAAAUUAUGCACAUUUUCACACAACCAUCCUUACAAGGUCAGUCCUCUUUGAUAAAUAACACCCAAGUGCGGAGCAAGCAAGCACCACAGCAGACCAAAGUUUCUGGUAACAAAUUUGCACAGAAGCAUUCCGACAGUGGUUCAAACUGAGGUGAUCAAUUCAGUACUCUAAGAACAGCAAAAAACCUGCCUGUCAUAUGAGUGGUCAGUAACCUAUUAAUGGCUGUUUUACAUCAACCUGAAGUGCAACUGUUCAAUAUACUUUUAAUUCGCAUUUCCCAUCGAAAAAUAAAAUAUAGAGGCAUAGCUACUAAUACUUGUAAUCACACUGUAGAGUGAAAGCAACAAUUUGGCCUCCCUACACACUGCCUUUAGAGAGAUUUAAUUUAUAAAAUACAUAUAUGGCACAGUGAGUUUAUUUCAGAAUUUCUUAUCUUACACUUUGUUUAUAACAUAAUUAAGCCCACAGUAGCCUCACGAAUGUGAUUAAAUUCAAAUGACAGAGCAAGAGAUAAAAAACUUCUAAAGUAAACACAAUGCGCUGUUAGAUUUGAUUGAAAAUGAAACCAUUUUUGUUCAUGUAGGCUGUGUGAGUCACAGCCAGAGGAUGUGAGGCAAAGGCUGCAUAAACAGAAACAAAAGUGAUUUAAAGUUACACUAUGAAAUCAAACCAACUUUAGCUUAAUAAAGCAAUUUGGGUGUACAGAUCAUGUACAUGCAGUCUCACUGCUCAAUUCUCUACAAUUUAGGAGAUAAAUCACUUUUGUUUCUAUGUAUGCAUCCCUACUCACAUAAUUUCUUCUGGCUGUGACUCACACAACCUGCAUGAAAUACAUAGUUUCAUUUUUCAAUCAGAUGUACAUUUUUGUUUGCUGUUUUUAUCUCAGGUGCAUGAUCUAUGCACCAAAAGUGCAUCAUUAAGACAAAGUUAUAUUGCACAAAAGUAUACAAAAAGUAUAACAAAAAGGAGAAACUUUAACUUUAAAGGUGCCCACCCAGACGAAUAAAGGUAUAAAUAACCUAUACAAUAAAUAAUAGAUACUAAAAUACAACCUGGUAAUAAUAAAAAUAAUAAUAAUACUUAAAAAAGAAAGAAAAACAGAAAUAGUGUAAUACAGCAUAUGGUGGAAACAUUCACUUAUGGUGGAGACAUGCAGUUUAUCUUAUCCUGUAUGUAAGUACAAUCAGUAUUUAAACAUAUUUUUAUACUUUACAAUAGUGCACUAUUGCUGCUUUUUUAGAAUUUUCCAACUACCAGUUCAUUACUGGAAGAGGAUCAAUACUUUGGGGGAGAUAAGCCUACUAUUGAAUACCAUCUUGUGAGCGCUCUAUUUCCCUCCUUCCCUCCCCCCACUUUUUUUUUUAACUGUAGCGGGAUUACACAAUUUCUAAUUUAUCUUUCUUUUUUUUAGGUUUUAUUGUUAAUAUUAUUAUUAUUAUUAUUAUCAGGUUGUAUUUCAUUAUAUAUUAUUCAUUGUAUAGGUUAUUUAAACAUGUAUUCACCUGGGUGUGCAGGUUUAAAGUAAAAGUUUUCCUUUUUUGUUAUAUUUUUUGUAUACUUUUGUGUAUUAUAUAUUUUUUAGGUGUUGGUGAGACACUUUUUAGGUGAUCCUUUUUACUCAGUUUUAUGUAUAUAUAUAUAUAUAUAUAUACAUAUAUAUACAUAUAUAUAUAUAUAUAUAUAUAUAUAUAUAUAUAAUUUUUGUAUUAAGCUAAAGUUGUUUGGUGCUUAGAGUAUUCCUUUAGCUGUUUUUGGUUUGUCUUAGACAUCUUUAUAAGAGCUCUGACAUGUUCUUCCUCACUGUGAUGUAGUGACAUACUGAAUAUUAUUAUAUAUUUGGCAUAUUCAUACAGUAAGUAGGAGGAUUAAAAACACAUGGGGGAGGAACAAAAAAAUAAUCUGUUUCUCUUGUUCAUUUAAAAAAUGUGUCCUGGUUAUGUCAAGACUGAACUAGAUUUUUUAAAACUUUUAACAUACAUUUUAAAGAAAAAAUAAAGCAUCACAAAACAUGUUAAUACAAGUUAUUUGCGAUUUCAAUGUUAAAUUAAAUUGAGUUCUCUUUAAUUUAUAAUUGCAUUAUAACUUUUUAGAGAGAUUUUUUAAUGAGUUUAUAUUGUUUAUAUUUUAUUAAAAUUAUUAUAAAGAAAGAAAAUAAAGGUUCAGUAAUUAAGAUAAUUUUAUUACCUGUGAAAAUGCACAGUUGGAUGUGGAGAAAUGUUGAUUUUAAAAUAUAGUCAGAUUUUCUAUAGCUGCAAGAAUUUUUUUUUUUUAAUUAUUCUUAAAAUUUAAUUUCUACAAAGCCAUGUGUAUGAAAUUGGCUGCUUUCUAUUUUUAUCUCUACAGGUGGAAGUUUUGAGUGGGAUGAUGAUUUCCCACUAAUGACACAAAACUCCUCGUUUAUUGCCGCCAUGGCAACCGAGGCGGCUGCACUGAAGUCACAAAUAAGUCCCACCUCACCAACACCUUCUACUUCACUUCAAGGCAAGCGAGGAGAAGCUAGCCUGAUGGACACACUCAGGUUUACUCGCUUCACUGUCUCUCCUGCUGUGGAUCCUCAUCUUCCAAUGUGUGAGUCUGAAGUAGCAGCAACUACAGGUGAGCGCCAAAUGAGUAUCCUCAAAGUGUAUUCUCUGUGUACAUCUCAAUUUUUUAGACAUAGUAGAGUUUUUGUAAUAUUCACUCAUCAAUUCUUUUGUUGAUCACUUUGUAACCUCAUGUUUCUGUUCUUUGCUGAUAUUGGUGGAGCCUUGCAUGGUCGCCUGCAUCUAAUUCAGGAUUUCAGGCAUUGUUCAUUUAGUGUUCCAACAUUUCAAAUACUUUAAGAGUCAAUAUUUAAAUAUUUGUGGAGUGAUUCACAAAAACUAAAGUAGUUUUGGAAUACAUUUGCAGUGAUUCACCAAAUGUAGACUACUUGUUGUGUUGCACGUGUUGGGUUUUUUGAACCCACAUGUGAAAAAAGGUUUGCAUGGUAACUAAUGUAAUUAGGUGGGUGGAUUGUCCUCAAUAAAAUCAAGAGUGUUAUGCAAGGCCGGACUGGGAAGAAAAUUUGGCCCGGCAAUUUUUAAUUACAGCGGCCCACUACAAAGGGGGCGGGGCAAGAUAGGGUCUGUUUUGUCAUCACCAAUGACAAGCAUGUGUGUCUGUGUAAGGGGUGUAGUGUGUGCCUAAGGGUGCUAUGUGGGUAUGGGUGCUGUGUGUGUGAUUGGGUGCUGUGUUUGUGUGAGGGUGCUAUGUGCAUGUGAGGAAGCUGUGUUUGUCAGCAGUGCAGUGUGUGUGUGUGUGUGUGUGUGAGGGUGCUGUAAGUGUUAGGGGUGCAGUGUGUGUGUGCUGUGAGUGUCAGGGUUGCAGUGUGUGUGAGUGUGUGAGUGAGGGUGCUGUGAGUGUCAGGGGUGCAGUUUAUGUGAGUGUGUGAGUGUCAGGGGUGCAGUGUGUGCGUGUGUGAGUGAGGGUGCUGUGAGUGUCAGGGGUGCAGUGUGUGUGAGUGUGUGUAUGAGGGUGCUGUGAGUGUCAGGGGUGCAGUUUGUGUGAGUGUGUGAGUGAGGGUGCUGUGAGUGUCAGGGGUGCAGUUUAUGUGAGUGUGUGAGUGAGGGUGCAGUGUGUGUGAGUGUGUGGGUGAGUGAGGGUGCUGUGAGUGUCAGGGGUGCAGUGUGUGUGUGUGAGUGAGGGUGCUGUGAGUGUCAGGGGUGCAGUUUAUGUGAGCGUGUGAGUGAGGGUGCUGUGAGUGUCAGGGGUGCAGUGUGUGUGUGUGAAUGAGGGUGCUGUGAGUGUUAGGGGUGUCUGUGAGGCUGAUGUGACUUGGGUGAUUUCCCCCCUCCCUGCUUACCUUAUGCCUGUGAGGGGGGAUCCUGCUGCUGCCGCCAUCCAUCCCUGGUGGUCUUAGUGGUGAGUGAACUCUAGCCUGUAAGGCUAGAGUUCACUCUCGCGAGACCCGGAGCAUUACCAUGGCAACGGUCCGAAUCUCACGAAAGGAACCCAGCGGAGCUGCACAUUAGAGCUCCGCCAGGUUCCUCUCCUGGUUCCCUCAUCCUCUCCCUGCCGGUGGCCGCAGUAUACUGUAUGUGGGCCAGUGAUUGAGACCUUGGCCAAAAAUAUUAAAAUUUAAUACUUUCCAUGUGGAAAUAUGGAGACCUCUCAGAGGAUAUUCAAGGAACAGGUCAGGUUUAGCAAAUAAAGAACCACCAUAGGGUGCAGGGAUCAUGUCUGCUCCAUCAUUUACUCAUAAAAGUGCCAGAGACAAAAUGUGGGUAGGGAGUAAUCAGCAUAAAGUCCUUAAUGAACAUAAGGUAGCGGUUGGAGACAAACACUUGGCCUUCAGUAUAUCAUAGGGUGGAAAGUUGAGGGCAUGCAUUUUAAAGGUUGUAUUUUUCUGUCCAGUUCUUAUAUUUUAUUUUGUAAUUUAUGUGCAAAUUACAAAAAACUUCUACAACUAUUGUUAAUCUAGUAAUUAAGAGCUAAAUGUAUUAACUUGCAUUUUACCUUUUAAGUAUUACUGUAUCUACACAUUCCUGCAUCGUCCAAACCCACCUGUGUCAUUCUGGUAUAAAUUUUCAUGUUGAACCCUGCCUUAUGGCAUCAAUUCUUAAUGAGUCAUCUGUUAGUCCAAACAAUGACGUAGGAUCUAUGGAGUCACCUCUCUUUCAAUGCUCACAGAUGUUCUGCUGCAGAGCUUGCUGUGGUAUCUCGAGUACCCAAUAAGUCGUUCAUGUUUAUAGUGGUAUUUUUGUAUUUUGUCCUAGAUUUGUCUUGACUACCCUGCUACUUGGUAUUGUUUGACCUGGCUAUGUCCUUGAACUCAGACUUUGACUAUUUUCCUGUUUGUUAUUGCAUUAAGCUAGUGAUGCACAGUUCUUUUUAGAUUAAAUGUGCUAGAUUCGAUUUAUCUGUUCACUCUGUGUCUAAAACAACUAAACUCAGUAACUAGUAGGGAUAUCCACAUACUUUUGGCCAUAUAGUGUAUUUCCUAAAAAAAAUUACUUUAGUUCAGUCCAGAUGCCCCUGUGGCUUCAAAUCUAAGUAGACCCAUCGGCCAUUGUCUUUCUGACAGCCAUCUACUGAUAAGAUCCCACUCUUCGACUGAACAUUAUUUUCUUUUGACAAUGAGACAUAGAUUUCUGUAUUAUUCUGUGUCAUUGACUUUUUAUGUAAGUAGAAAAGUCUAUUCUUGUAUUAUCAAAGAAGCUUAAAUAUUACAGAAUAUUUUAACACAUCCAUUGCAGAAUGACAGAAUAAUAUAUUUUCAGUGGUGGGUAGUUCAUGAAAUAUGACUUUGAAACUUACUAUGAAUUGCCCUUACUGAUAAGAAUCUAGCUGAUUUGAUAACAAUCUAAUAAAUUGCAUACGGAAAACAUUGUGUAUGGGUAGUGGAUUGUGAGUCUCAGGUUUUACAGAUAGAAAAACAUAUAUUAAAAAAACAAGUCCUGCGCUCAAACUCUGACUACUCUUGGGCCUCAGCAACGACCAUAGUACACAUCAGCCCCAAUACAUACAGUAAGAACCAAAGAAAAAAAGUUACCUGCGUUCUCUCCCAAAUCCCUAUGUAUAUUUAAACAAAUGGAGGUUAUUUAGUUACUCCAAUACCCCCGCCUGCCAACGUCAAGGUAAACCUCUUAGGCGGGUUCUACACUAACCAUUCACCUUGGUUCCUUGAGCUUCUAGCAAAGAUAUCUCUAAUGAGACAGAGGGGUAUUUUUUAUAUCCACCCCUACAUACUCAUUAACCCUUAAUAGGAAACACAUGGGAUGGGCAGCAGCAUUGUAACCGAGCUGUGUGAUACAAAAGUGAAUCCAAAUACAAAAAACAAGUCCUGUGCUUAAACUCCCACUACUCUUGGGUGGCAGCAACGACCAUAGUACACAUCCGCCCCAAUACAUACAGUAAAAAAACAAACAGUUACCUGCUCUCUCUCCUCAAUCCCUAUGUAUAUUUAAACAAAUGGAGCUUAUUUAGUUACGCCAAUAAGAAUAAUAUAUAUAUAUAUAAAAGCUCAGUUGACAUGUAAAAACACAGGUUAGUCAAGAACGUCCCAGGAAGCCAGGGUUCAUACAACCAUUUCCAAUACAGUGUAAGCUUUUCUUUUGACAAAACGUGAGUAUUGUGACUUUCCUAUGGAAAGCUUUUUUAAUGAGCAUGAACAUGAUACAUGGUGGGCAGCACAUGAUACAGACACCUGUUGGUUGCCACUGAAUGGCUACUGCUCAAUUUUUUGUCUUCUCUUUAAAAAACAAAUGCAUAGGCAAAUCCUUACUUUUAAUUAGAGUAUUAACAACUUAUUUAGCCUCACCCAAAAGAUAUUGUUGAAUUGAAGUUGGCUCAUUUAGAAUAAUAUGUGCACCAUAUGUCCCAAUAUACGCAAACAUAUGAUCUUUAUAUUCUAUCUACACAUACUGGCUGAGUAGUGCUCACUGCUCUGACUUUGUAGUUGAUACACUUAUUUUAAAGUAGUGGAUGUCUUUAAAAAGAUUUGAAGGAACGCUCCAAGCACUAUAACAACUACAGCGACAGAAGAGGGUCUAUGGAAGAGCUAGAUUGUUAUGCCAAAGGUGAAUAAAGGAGCUGUGUCAAGUCAACCACUGUAGUGAUUAUGGUGCUAGGAGUGCCCUGGUGCCUCCAAUAUUGCAAGUAGUCAAGCCAUUUUUUUAUGUUUUGAGUACCAAAAGUUUAUAAGCAAGAAUGUUUGUUAGUUCUGGUGAGCUAAGCCAAAUACUGCUCCAGAACUUCUGGCUCUCCAGCUUUGGCAGUGGAGAUGUGGAACGGAACCCAGGUAAGAAGUCAAUCAAUUCAAAAAUCGUUUGGCAACUUACAUUGGGUUCUUGAAGUGUUCCUUUAACAAUGUUUAACAAUGUAUUAUUCAUUGAACGCUGCUAAGAAUAUAAUAUUGUAUCUCUUUUUUUAGGUGCUGUUGAGAACUGAAGGUGUUGACAUUCCCAUUGCAAAGACCAUGCAAGUACUUCAGGAACCACAUGACCAGCACCACCUUGUUCUUCUAUCUUCCCCAAAUUCCCUUCUUUGCUUGGUCAACUUUCAGCCACAGCAUUGAUAUGUGAAAAGGUAGAUUGCUGAAGGAUCCAAAAGGCUCAGGGAGACAUACUCUGGCAAAAGAAUGGGGUCAAAAGUGAGGUUUUCGAUUUCCAUAUGAUUAUUGCCAGCAGAGGAAUUUCACAUCAAAUAUUCUGGAUACAUAUUUCCAUCCUAUUGACUGGGAUGUUUUUCUUAUUCUACUUGUGCCAAAAUUGUUCCAAUGUAUUUGAUGCUCAGUUCCAGCAAUGGGUUUAGAAAUGUGUGUUGAUAUCAUGAAUCCCUAUUGCUAUUAGAGUCUCACUGUCUGCAAUAAUAGUAUGUUUAUUUAAUAAAAACACGUGUCAUAACAUCAUGACAAACUGACUUUAUAGUACCAACUGAUAGAGAGCAAAUCAUGUUUAUCUGUUGUCAGGACAACAAGAGAAAAAAUGAAAUAUUAAAAGGAUAUUCUACAUGCAACUUUUUAAAGUUAUGAGUUCCCUGAACAAGAUAGGAUGAAACGAUGCUUCACUUUAAGUCUAACUAGGUCAUGCCAUAUUUUAUCAACGAUUAAGCUAAGUAAAUUUGUUGGUAGUCCCAAAUGAGAUUUUCUUGUAACAAAGCUUUGGAAUUAAUUUGUUUCUUCGACUAAGCACGAGCCCCAAAGCAUAUUCACAAAGGCAAUUUCUAAACUCUGGAAUGCCUCCUAGUUUUUUUUUUAUCCAUUCCAAUAUUUUCAGAGCAUUUUAAACAUUACUGACUGCAGAAUAAAAUUUAGCAAUGAGAACAUUACAAUCCUUAACAGGUUAUAUUUAGACACAUAACAAAAAAGCUCAGUAGCAGUUUCUACUCCCUUGUAAAAAAAAGUCAGGAGGGUUAAAGAUACAAUAUAUACAUACAGAACACUACGUCUUAAUCGUCAGAGAGACACAAUAAUAACUAAAAGUAAAAUUGCCAAAACAAAAUGACUGUGAAAACAAAAAUGUAUUAAACAGAUGUUUAUGGCGAAACAGAUUGUUCAUAUGUAGAGACUGGCUGCACUUGCGCAAUGACAUUUGUUUCCAAAAACAGAUGUAAUUGGUAAAAGAGACUUGUAAGACGCAGGUGUAGGGGGUGUAUUUUUAUACCCAUUUUAAGAUACGUCAAAUUAAAUUUGUGCUUAUAAGAGGAAAAAAUAAAUAAAAGUAAGAAAAAAAAUGGCAUAUGGCAUUUCACUCUGCAUCGGUUAUGUAGGGCGGUGCUUUAUUGCACAUAUAGAAUACGUAAUAGAGAACUAUGAUAUAAGUAUAAAAUGAAUAAGGGAGAACCAAGCAUCUCCUUUAGAAAUAUAUAAGGCAGAGGUGGUUAAAAUAAAGAUCACAUGAUCUACUUUCUGGCUCUAGUGAUAUAAGAUAUCAUUGUGUAUGACUGGGUAUGUGUUACCCCAUUGUGGGUAUAAGUUUAAUGUUCGUUAAUUCCCUGCUGUUGCUUGUUUUUUCCUACACAAUAAAUGCAGAAUGUAAACCUGUUGCUGGUGAUGAGCUGGUUUACGAGUAGUGCCAAAUGAACCCAUUGGGGAGCCUUAUUGGAUUAAGCAAUUAAAUAGUUUGUUACACAGAAAUGUUAUGAAUGCAAAUGGUAACGUGAACUGGCAUUUGUGACACAGACUGCAAUUAUCAGUGUUUGCACUGGGGAUAAAUGAAGAUAUACCCACAAAGACGUACAUUAACUGAUUUUUUUUCAGUUUGGAGUUUUACUGUGAAAAACAAAAAACAAACAAAAAACAUUUAUACUUCAGUAUGAUAGCAACCACGUGGAGACACUGCUAAAGACUGGGUGCCCGUGAAUUUUUCUGCCAGUGAUUUUACAGAUUUUGCUAUCAGUAAGUAUAUAUUUACAAUCGGAUUUGACAGCAUUACACAAGGAAAGAGCGUAUAAAAGUAUAUGAACUGGUUAAGGCAUUUUUAGUAGAAUCACUUGUCAGGAAUCUUUGGAUUUAAAGAACUUAGAAAAAAACCUGAAUGAGUUUAAAAAAAAUAUUUCUUUUUUAAAUGCUCAAAAAGAGUCUAAAUAUCAGCUGGACACAUACUUUGGGAAUUUACUACAGUAUAGACAGGAGGCAAAAACCUGUACAUUUUGAGUAAGUUCAACUCUGUCACAUGUUUUAUAAAGUUACAUCAACAACAAAGACUGCAAAAGAACAUGGUGAAUUUAUUUUUUGAAAAACAAUUCAAUGGAAUUUUGGUUUCCGAUCAACUUCUGUUGGACAUUCAAUGUUGACUCCAACUUAUCGUUUUCCUCUUUAUACCAGAUGUUGACCCAGAAUCCAGCUUUAUCUUGGUUCCAUGAGUCCAGCAACUCCCUUCAUUGACUCCAGAUAAGAUUCAAAGACUUAAAGGCAUCACCAGAUUCUAGGCUUCAUGAAUGUGUGUUUGUACGUUUAUUACAAUUUUUAUUUAUUAUCAUCCAUAUUUUAUAUUUUAUUUAAGAUCAAAUAGAGGCCCAUGAAAUGUAACUGAUUUUAAGCAGAAAGCUCUGUCUUCUAACCUUCGUGUAACAGAAGCAGUACUAGAUUGCGUAAAUCUAAAAUAAAAAUAAAAGAGGAGACUUAUCUGUGAUACUCAAGUUGCCUAAAUGAUGGUAAUUUGGGAAUAAUUUUAAAAAAUGGUGAAUAAACAGCAUUUGCUACAA